CUCUAGGAAGGAAGUUUCAAAGCUGCCAUGUGGUUGAAUGGCACUUUAAAGUAUGAGACACUACUCUCCGGCUCCAGGGUCUUAAUGUAGAAAUUCACACAGUAGAGCAAAUGGGGGAGGAAAGGAAAUAAGGUAACCCUAGAUAGACAUAACUCCUCUGGGCAAUAGGGAUUGUGUCAAAGGUUUCAUAGAAAAGCUAUGAUUGGCGGAGGAAUUUGAAGGAAGAAAGUAAGGAAGUAAUGGAAGCAGUUACAGGUAUAGGAACAGCAAGGAAGAAAGCAAUUAUUUAAGGGAGCAGCAAACUCGAACAGCUAACAGUGAUGCAGUAAUCUGUGUGAAGGUAACAUUUAUGGUUUUAAUAACGGAAAGGUAAGAGUGGGAAGGCCUUGGAGAAUUCUGAAAGUAAGCAAACAUGUUUGAAUGGGAUAUGGAAAUAGAAAGGAGGCCAGUAUAGGAUUGAAGGAGUAAUGCGUAACCAGGCAAAAGGUGCAUGAUGUGGGCAGCAAAGGCAAAUCAAUCUACAUUAGAUUGGCAACAGACCAGUCUAGAUUGAAAGGUGCUAAGAAUGAAAGAAGGGCCGUGCAAUCGUCACCAAAUUUGGUGAGAAGUGCUGCUGGGUAGCAUGACAUGCUGCAUGACAUUCCAGGUACAGCAGUGAAUCCAGGAGAACACCAGCCUGUGAAUAUAAAUGAGCUGGUUCCUUUCCCCACAUGCCUUUCGAUCCUGUCACACAAAUAGGGAAAUCCUCCACUGCUGUCCUCUAGGCCACUAUGGCAUAGGCCCGCUGAUCCAACACGCAUUACGAAAAGAGAAAGGACUUUUCCAUCACUGGGAAGGGCACCUGGGGGGAAACACUCCCUCCCAUCAGGAGUAACUUAACGGCCAGCGGAAUAGCGACGGUUUCGUUUCCCCCUUUUCACGUCAGCGGCGGUCGCGCCCUCGAUUCUCGAGCGAGCCGGGUUCCGACCUGGCCAGAACAAUAGUUGCCAUGGUGCGUUUCACAGCGGACGUGACGUCCUUGAACUAGAACGGGCCGGACCCCCCUUGACAGCCGCCGGAUUGAAACUCCCGCGAGCGCUUUCGCUUCCGGGUUUGCCCCCUCCCUCGCUCCGCCCCCCGUCCGAAUCGCCUCACUCUUUGGGUUUUGUUCCCCGCAGCGGGGCGCCGCCCCCUCGGGCAGACUCAGGCCCCGCCCCAAUCCACGCCCCGCCCCGCCCCUUUCCUCUGCCUUCGCCGCUGCUGCUCUGAGCUGGGCGAGCCGCGGCGGCGGAUGCGGGCGGCUGGGUGGUUGAGCUGAGGCGCUCGCUCGCUCGCUCGCUCGCAGGGAACUGUCAGUCAACAUGGCAGCGGCAGAGGAGACGGCAGAGAGGGAAAGCGGCGGCGGCGGCGAAGUCCUGUCUGUCUACGUGUUCGACCGGCGCCAGGCGGAUUCGGACGGCGAAGACAAAGUUGUGAAGUGUCCUGAGGGAAACUACGGCGCCUUCCGUAGCGCCGUGUGCCAGGUGAGAAAGCGCUUGUGAGGGCUGGGGGGGGGGGGGAGAAGGGGGCAAAAAUGCGUCACGGCAUAACGGGCAAGCGACGGAUGGGGAGCCAGCAACCCAGCCCGCUUUUUGGUAGGGUGCUCGAAGAGCCCGGACUCGAGGGCGCCCGGUGGCUUCUCUGACACGGGGAUGGGGUGGGGGCGGCGAAUCGCGCGCGGGGUGUGGGGGCUUCUCUUGACACGGGUGGGCGAAAAGGCGCGAAAUGGCCCGGCGGCUGAGCGAGGUUGACGGGUGGCGGUGUGAAGCGAGAGCGCGAGUGUCUCUUGCGUGCAGGGAGGAUGGCCCGCUCGGGAGGAGCAGAGCUGUCAUGUUGAGAAGGAGCAGGAAAUGCUCGCCCUGCAGGUCCCUCACUGUGAACUUGCGGCUUGGCAAAGAAGUCUGUUGGGCUGUUUCGGGUGGAUGCUUGUUUUUCUUGUCUCUUUCACUCUAAGAAUAAAAAUCUCAUCAUUGGAGGAUUUGCAGCGCCUCAUCGGCAUCUUGGAUUUGCACGAAGUCAAGGGGAAGGGGGUGUAAGAGAAAGCGGGUUGCAGCACGAGCGCAGCAGCCUUUGGCAUGGGAGCUAGAAGGGAAGGACACGAAACCGAAAGUGGUGGGAAAGGUCCGGAGAGAUCGCUGUUUUAAUGUUUUGACAAUCAGAGCUGGCUUCAGUACAGAAGCUGUUGUAACAGAGCCUGGUCAAGCUCCCUUUUUACUGAAGCCUUAUUUCAAGUAACCACUUUCCCCCUCAGUGCCCUCCUUGCUCCAAUCAAAUGUCUGCCAUUGUUGAAAACUGUGUUUCUUCAGUUCAGCAGAGAAAUAAUUAUAGAUCCAUUGAACCAAACUGAAGAAACUAGUUGCUUCUAGACAACACUUAGCAGCAUUAUUGACUACCAAGUUUAAAAUGUGUGCAUUGCAGGGCACAAAAAGGCACAUGGAUUUACGUCCAGGACUCUUUUGUAUGCCAUUUUCUUUGCAUUUAAUGUUACUCCCAUUAACAUAACUUUGAGCACACAGAUUCUCAUUUGGUAAUCCAUUUGCUCGAACUGUCCAAUAAGAGUUUCUGUCAUAAAACACCUGUAGUCUCCUUUAGUGGAACAAAUCCCAAGAAGUGUUCUCUUAUGAUAACCUCAUAAGGCAUGGGCAGGGAGGACAACUGCCCCCUCCAUCAAGUAAAUCCAUUAAAAUACUUAACUGAGGUUCUGUGCCCCCAACAUAAAGCCUGGAUAUGCCCAUGUUCACGCAGGUCACUUCAGUGCUGCUAACACAGCAGUUUGACUUUACCCCCAGAGGUGCACUACAUUAUAUCUCAAGACAGACGGAUGCCAUCAACAACAACCUCAAAAUACUAAUAUAUACAUAAAAACAGUUCUGAUGUAUGAAUUACUUCAAAAAUAAUAAAAAUAUUCAAAAUAUAAAUAUAAAUUAAAAUAUCAGAAAUAUAUAAGAAAAAACAAACUAAUCUGUAUAAAACUGUGUCCCUCAAAGGUCAGCACUGUGCCCCUGUGAUAUCUGCGCCCUAAGUUGGCCUAAUGAUAGCAGCCCUUCUGCAAAGUUCUUACUCUUUGGUACUUCAGCUGCCUUGUGUGAAAGAGAUGGAGGAUGAAGAGCCCACUUUGAAUAUUCUAUAGAACUUUCACACAAUUUGUUUCAUUCCUGGUACCAUGUGUUAUCUUCAGUUUGAAGUUCAUGAUUCAGUGUGUAAUUUAUUACAGGUAUUUUAUUAACAAACAACACCCAUGUGUGCAACAUCCACCAGGGUGGAUACAAAUCAAUGAUCUUUUAAAUUUAAAUUGGGUUUUUUUAUUUAAAUUGGAUUUUUAAAAUAAAAUGUUUUUGGAUGGACAAUAUUUCUAAAUAUAGUUUUCUAUUUAAGUUACAUUAUAGUCCAAAGGCUAUUCAUCUGGAAAUAAGGAUUCGUUUUAAGUUUUUUUAAUGUGUGCUAAAACUCAAAGUUCUUUUUAAAAAAAGUUUAACCACGUCAGUUAACAAACGUAGAUACAUAUGCUAUAAUGUCAUUGUUUAAGUUAAAUAAAUUGUUUAAAUUGUUAUUAAGGAAACAAUUAUUUUUCUCCUUCCAAUAAAGUACUUCAGGAAAGUUGUCCAAAUAUAAACAGUUAACUUAUUAAACCUCACAAUACUUUCAUAAUUAUCUGUCUGUGUAUUUCUAAUAGUAUAACCAAAUCAGUAAUUUUUUAUAUAACUGUAAAUACUCUGAUUUGUUAUUCCAAAAAUGAAACCUUCAUCUGGUUGUAAAUAUUAAGAUUAUACCAGCAAGAAUGAGUAUUUCUGUAAAAAAAUGAUUUAAAUCAAGUCUUAGUGACUAGUGAUUUAAAUCAAUUUGAUUUAAAUCAAAUCCACCCUGACGUCAACCAAUGGAACAUAACAUUCUGUAAUUAAACAAACUAUCUAGCAGACUUGCUCUUAAGAUUCUGUUCAUCUUAAAGAUGCAGCAGCAUACAUCAGUAUUGGAAGUGUGUGCAAAGGGGGAUGCAAAACAGGAGAGAGGAGGAGACAUGGAAAUGGUGGGAGGGGAUGAUUUGUUUGCAAGAGUGAGCUGAGAAAGGGGAAUAAGAGGGAGGGAAAGUGGCAGCAUUGGGGAUCAUAGAAUUGUAGAGUUGGAAGGGAUUCUGAGGGUUGGUCUAGUCCAGUCCAACCCCUACAGUGCAAUAAAUCUGUUGACAGUCUUCUCCGGGUGGGCUCAAACAACCAACCUUCUGAUUAGCACACUGACCCAGAACUACUAUAUUCCUCUUAACCAUGCUGUUUCCUGCAGUAGUGAAGAUAAUUGUAUACAACUUUAUCAAUACUAGGCUACAUCUCAGCUUUGGACUUGUUGUUCAAUAUAGAGGUCUGCUGAGAAAUGAUUACCAACGAUGUUCUGAUGCAAUACUUCUAAUUAAAGUGUAAAACAAACGCAGGAAGAGUGUUUUGAUUAGGUGCUCAGAGACUUUCUCUAGGGCAGAUCGAAACUGCAUUCUAGUCAUUCUAGUCUGUAGUUUAAGCUUAAAAGUUUAGAAGACUGCAGGCAAAGCUGAAUAAAACUUUGUCGAUAUUUAUGAGAUGAACAAAAUGUGUCAUUCCAUAUUACAAGAAGUAAUAAGAUCUUGGUUAUAAAAGUAACGUACAAUAUCAUAUGGAGAAAUGAAAAUGUUUGCAAAGAGAAAAAUUUAGAAGCCACGGAAGCCCUGUCAGACAUUUGGCUUCCAAAAGAAUGUUCAAAAACUGGAACAGUCACUUCCGGGUUUCGAUCGUUCAGGAGCCAAAACGUUCAAGAACUAGGCUGUUCAAAAACCAAGGACUUAUAAAAGUGAACUUAUAAAACAAAUUAAGCUGAAACAAAAAAGUGCCUACAUGAAAUACUGGGCUUAUAGUAAAGAAUGGAAAGGGUCUAAUGUGCUCCAAUAGCCUUACAGAGUUUCUCCUACAAAAAUGUUUAGAUGGCUUUAAAGGGGGAUUAGAGAAAUUAAUGGAUGAAGUAUCUUCAGUAUCCAUUUGCCAGGGCAGCUAAACAGAUUCUCCAGGUUCAAGUACAAUAUGCCUUUCAGUGCCAGUUGCUCGGGGCAACAAUAAGGCAUUGUUAAAGGAAAGUGCAUCCUGGACUAUAUAAACCUUUUUGGUUUAUAGGACACUUCUUAAGGUUUUUGAAUGUUUUUACCCUGAGCUCUGCUUUAUCUCCCUCCACCCUUCUAAUUUAAUAUUUAACUUGCCUUUGUAGGUAUUUGGCAUUUCCUCCAAAGAAACUUUUAUUGUCACAACCACAAAUAGAAUACAGAUCACAAAUGAAAACUUUGGUACGUAAGUUCUUCUUAAUGGUUACAGUCUAUACCCAAAUGCUCUCUGAUAAAGUAGCGAAAGUGCAUGAAAACUCAUGCCUCACCCAUCAUUGUUUAUUUCUGAGAUGCUACAGGACUCCUAUUUUUUAUCAGAACACUAAUUAGUUUCUGUAUACAUAGCAGGAUUUUAAAACAUAAAAUCAAAAAUGGGAAAUAUUUUUAUGCUCUGUGUAUGGAAAUCAAUUUUUUAAAAGAAUAACACAAAAGUUACGUGCUAACUUUCAUGUAGUAGCAAUUGAAAAUUAAUAUCCCUUGUUAAUUGAAUAUCUGAUUUCAUUACUAAAUUGUUUUUUUAUAAAAUGCAAGCUAAGUAAUUUAUAUUGCAAGUCUAAGGGGAAAGAAGCUUUGUACUAAGUAAUCAAAACAAUGUACAUGCAGGUCCUGCUUUCUGAACACAAUGCAUUCCCUGGAAAUUGUUCAUUAGGCAAUUGUAGUGUUUUAUCUUUUUGUAAACUGCUGUGAAGUUUUUUUACGCUCAAACUGUGUAUAAAUUUUAUGAAAUAAACAUAUAAGUAAAUAAAAUAUAUUUAAACAGCAGUAUGAAAAAUGAAGUUGGAUUUUUAUUUCAUAUAUGUGUUGUAGGGGGAAUGGUUAAAGAUGGCAUGACCUUCUAUUUGCUACAAUCAGUUGACCAGUCACUCCCCUCUGCAACAAAAGAGCGUAUUGAUUUCCUGCCACAUUAUGAUACACUUGUGAAAAGUGGAAUGUAUGAAUACUAUGCUAGUGAAGGACAAAAUCCUCUUCGUAAGUAUAUCAGGUAUUCUUUGAACUGUAACUGUAUGGCACACAGUCAAUUAGUACGUUGUAUUGUUAAGACCAAUGUUUUGCUAUUAAAUACUAUGCAAUAGAUUUAAAAAAUAAGCUGUAAUUAAAAUAAAGUUAGUUUUAAAGUAAUCUUUAAAAAAUAGCAUCGGGAUUAAAACAAACUUUUCCUAUCCAUCUUCCUCUUUUCCCUUUAAUAGCAUACACACUUUACAACUCCUAAAAAGUUGCCUCCCCCUCAAGCUCUCCAACAACAUACUUUAAUGUGUUGAACAGCUGUACCAGUCUAUAGUGUCCUAUAAUCUCUGGUAUUGGCAUAGCACCUCACAUUGGGUUGUUGGGUAUGUGGGGAACUCAGGUCAGAAUACUGCUAAUUAUAUUAUGGAUGGCUGAUCUAAAAUGCUGACUGGGACUGGGAAAUUGUCCCAACAGAAGACAUUACCUGAACUUACAGUAUGACACCAAAAUUCAGUGUAAUCCUUAUAUGAAUGAGUCUCUGUCAAGUUUCUAAUAGCCAUCUGUCACUACCUCUCGUGUCAGAGAGAAAGAUACUCCUCUUUUCAGAAGCAAAGAAGAUAAGGUAUAGCUUGUAUCGUAUGUUGCCUUUCAGGAACAUGUCAAAAGUGGAUAUUCUAAUUUUUGUUAAUAAUUUUAAUUAUUAGCAAACAUUUCUCUCUUUUUCUGUUUAGCGUUUGCUCUUGCAGAAUUAAUUGAUAACUCUUUAUCAGCUACUUCUGAAAAUACUGCCGUCCGGAGAAUACAGUUAAAGCUGGUAAGUAACUAAGGAGCUACUCCAGUGUUUUGCAGGGUUAUUGUAUGAUAGAAUCAUCAUAUACUGUUUCUUCUUCUUUUUAAAAAAUAGUUAUUUGAUGACUCUCAAGGGAAACCAGCCGUUGCCGUGAUUGAUAAUGGAAGAGGCAUGAGUUCUAAACAACUGAAUAAUUGGGCUGUGUAUCGGUUAUCAAAGUUUACACGACAAAGUGAUAUGGAAAGGUUAGGAUGUUCUAAUUUCAAUGGUAUUUAAGUAUAAAAUUGGUGAAUUUCAUUGUGUAAGAAUUCAGUGUUCUCAGGACAUGUUUUAAAAAGUUCCCGUAGUUCUUAAAUGCUGAGAAAUUGAAACAGCUAACAAAAAGUCCAAAUAAUUAUACUUUGAGGUCUCAGUAUUUCAAGUCUUUUAUCUUUUGUUAAGAUAUGUAGUUUUUACAUUGAUAACUUUGUCAACCACUUUAAAUACUUUAGUAAUUACCAGGAAGCAAAUCAAUGUUUCUGAAUAUUUGAAUGAAUAUAUAAUGGAGAUAUUUUGUAAUGUUUAGUUAGUAGUAAGCAUUACGUGUUCUUGCUUGGUAUUGUUAUUAAUUGGAAAAGUUUUCAGUAAUGUCUGAUAUACUCACACUUGAAUAUUUAACAGCUUCUGCUAUUUCUUCUGCUAUUUCUUUUGCUAUUAGUGACCAUUCAGGAUAUGUACGUCCUUCAGCUGUACCCCGCAGUUUAAAUAGUGACAUAUCAUAUUUUGGGGUUGGUGGUAAACAAGCAGUGUUUUUUGUUGGACAGUCUACCAGAGUAAGUAACAUUUUAUAUUUUUACAAUUUUAGCCAUUUUAUGUGGUACUUCUUGGCUAACCUAGAUUAGCAACUGGCUGUGUUUUCCUGCUUCUGUAUGCAGCAUACCUGUAAAGUGUGCCCCAUGCUGAUACAGUAGUCAUAAGGAAAAUCAUCAGACCAUUGUCACCAAUUGGCUAUUAGAAAGGAGGCCUGUCCACUUAGCAGUUAUUGGGAACACUGGUUUGGCUUACCCACACCCUUCAUGGCCUUUGGUAAACGAACAGGACCCCUUUGCCUCCCAGCUGUUAGUUGGUAACAAUAGUUUUCCUACAUGAACCACAGUCUGGCAAUUGGGACUGCUGGUCUCAAACACUGGAUAUUACACACUUAAAAUGAAUGAGAAUACUCUGUGUUGCUGGUGGAGAGAAGGCAGUCUUUGUCUUGAAUACGACAUAGUAAUGAGACGGGGUGAAUUCUAUAUCUGGGUGCUGUAUUGGGGGGAAAUGCAUACUGAUGGUCCCUUCUUGUCAUCUUGUGUGCACUUUUGACAGAGGUGGCUUCUCUUGUGAUUCUGAAACUGUUCUACAGUGGUACCUCGGGUUAAGUAUUUAAUUCCUUCCAGAGGUCCAUUCUUAACCUGAAAUUGUUCUUAACCUGAAGCACCACUUUAGCUAAUGGGGCCUCCUGCUGCUGCUGCACCGCUGGAGCACAAUUUCUGUUCUCAUCCUGAAGCAAAGUUCUUAACCUGAGGUACUAUUUCUGGGUUAGUGGAGUCUGUAACCUGAAGCGUAUGUAACCUGAAGCAUAUGUAACCCGAAGUACCACUGUAUUUAUUAUUUAAAAUUUUUAAAUCUUGAACAGAUGAUAAGCAAACCUGCAGAUUCUAAAGAUGUUCAUGAGCUUGUACUUUCUAAAGAAGAUUUUGAAAAGAAAGAGAAAAACAAAGAAGCUAUAUACAAGGGAUACAUUGUAAACAGAAAGGUAAGGAACUUAAAUUAUUUGUUGAGUUAUACAAAAUACUUGAAAAAAGGUCAUCUUAGUACUUAACAAGUAGCUACCAGGGUUUAGGCAGUUGUUGGGAAAUUAAUUGUACCAACAAGUUUUAUCUUUUCUGAUAAGCAGCUGGACAAGAAAGAUGAGAGCAGUUGUUUCCCAGAUUAUGAUUACAAUUCCAGUCAAGUGACCUAUUUUAUUUUAUUUUAAAACUAUUUCUCAAAGCCAUCUGACUCUUCCCAUAUUGUUAAUGAUGAUGAACGAUUCCUGCACAAUCUUAUCAUGGAAGAAAAAGACAAAGAAGGUUUCACUGCAGUAGUUAUUACAGGAGUACAGCCAGAACACGUGCAGUACCUGAAAAACAAUUUUAACCAUUGGACGAGGCUACUAUCGUGAGUUGUUUGUUAAAAUAGUUAAUAUGUUCAAAUGCUAUUGACUCAAAUCUUGCAUUACUUAAGAUUUUUUUGUGCAGUUUCUGCAAAUCAUUUAUUAAUUGAAUUUACUAUAAAUUUAUACUAGUCUAUAUUAGUGCAUAGUACGCUUAGUGCUGCUUUCAGGUUUCCAGCUGCCAGUUGUGGGGUGCCCAUUUUAUAACUUAACUUGAAGUAAAUGCCUGCUUGAUUAUUCAACAGUGUACCAAUUUUGUAAAUGUAUUUUAUUCAAACUUUUAACAGACACAUAUACCAUUUUUUUACAGACACAUAUACCAUUACUAUAUCCAUGGACCAAAAGGAAAUGAAAUUAAUUUGCCAAUGAAGGAAGCAAGAACUUUCAACAAUAUUGAUAUUGAGGUGGGAUCUACAUACAUUGGUUUGCAAAUAAUUACAUUUGCUUAGAACCAGGUACUAUCCAAAGUGUUACACUUGCAAAACAGGGCUUUCCUAUUUCCUCCUUUCCCUGCAUUGUUUCUGGUGUUCAGGGAACAGCAUGAGCAAUGAUGCAGUGGGAUGCCAGUGGAAAAUAUUGUCCCUUCCUUGCAUAAACAGAAGUGUCUAUCUGCUAGCAUAAGUAAUCCUACCCACUGAACAGUGGGAACCUCUGGAUCCUACCCACUUCAUAUUGUGUACAUCUGCCCUGCAAGGAGAUAAAGCUCCAUUCAUGGCUCUAACCUUUAGACAGCCCUGUCACUACCAUUCCUAUAAGCUAUAAGUUACUGGGGAGCACAGAUUCUCCUGAUUCCUGGUUUGCACAAAUCUUGGAGCAUGUUGUUAAGUUUGUAUUAUUUCUGCCUCUUGAUGACCGUGGCAACAAACAACAUUUAUAGGAGGAACUUGCAUUUAUUUGUUGUUUAUUUGUAGAUUUCAAUGUAUGAAAAAGGGAAGACACCUAAGAUUGUGAAUCUUAGAGAAAUUGACAAUGAUAUGCAGACAUUAUAUAUAAGUACAGCAGCGGAUAGUUUUGAGUUCAAGGCGAAAGUUGAAGGAGACGGUGUAGUGGAAGGUGUUAUACGCUAUCACCCUUUCUUGUAUGAUAAAGAAACCUAUCCUGAUGAUCCUUGCUUUCCUUCAAGUAAGUUGGGUAACUUUCAUACUAUUUCUCAUUGAUGUACUAAUAACGAAGGCUACAUUUUGCAUCCUCCUUGUGCAGCUCUUUAGCUUGGGAGCGGGGAACACUGCACUGAAGUGGUUUCACUUCUGCCUUUUGACUUUUUCCAGAGAGUAGCAAUAGGGAACUAUUGCCCCAUGUAAAUUGCUUUCAUAGACCUGAUGAAGGCCUUUGACCUCGUCAACCGAAAAGGACACUUCACACUGCUCAACAAGAUAGCAUACCCACCUAAGCACUAUAGUAUGAUUGUUUCCUUCCAUGAGAACAUGUGUGGCACCGUCCAGUAUGACAAUUCAUUCUCAGAUGCCUCCCCAAUAAUAAUAAUAAUAACAGUGUGUAGAAUGGCUGUGUUCUCAACCCAGCUCUCUUAGGCAUAUUCUUCUCCCUGUUGCUCUCAUAUGCCUCCAGAUUGACUGCAGAUGAUGUGCAUGUCCAUUCAAGAAGCAAGAGGGUCUGUUCAACCUGGCAUAUCUUGAUGCCGAGACAAAAGUGUGGUGGGUUAUUAUCUGGGAGAUGCUGUUUGAAGAUGACACAACCUUGACAGCACAAUCUGAGGAAGCUCUACAGCAAAGCUUUCCAAACUUUUCAUGUUGGUGACACACUUUUUAAACCUGCAUCAUAUCACAACACAGUCAUUCAGUUUUACUAGCAAACCAGAGGUUAAACUAAGCCCUUUCCAGCUCCAGGAGGAGAGUGGGGAGAGUUUACACAACGCACCUACAUACUGCAGCUGACACCCUAACAUGUCACAACACACAGUUUGGAAAGCUCUGCUCUCCAGAGUCUCAUCAGCUGUUUUGCCCAAGCCUGCAUGAUGAAGACCAACAUCCUGGGUCAGGACGUCGCCAGCACUCAACAAAUCAGCAUGGGUGACAACAUGCUUGAGGUGGUAGACAAUUUUGUCUACCAGGGUUCCACCAUAACCAGCAACCUUUUCAUUGAUACUGAGCAGUACAAGCAUACUGCCACAGCAGGUAUGGCAAUGUCUCACCUCUCCAAAAGAGUAUGGGGAAAUGUGCCUAGGUAGCUUCAGUGCAUAGAAGUGUCUUACUUACUGGUCUUGACAGGUUUGUCAACUACAGUCCUUCAUGGAAAGAGGUAACUUGGCUCAAUGCUCUGUUAACCUGAAGACUGGACAGUUUUUACUUACUCUCUGUGGAGCUGCUGGUUUGGAAGUUGCUGUCAGUGCAGAAUGCCACAGUGCUGGUGGGCACAAAUGGUCAGGUGCACAUCGUGCCUCCACUGGUUGCCUGUGUGCUUGUGAGCCCAGUUAAAGGUACCGUAUUUUUCGCCCUAUAGGAUGCACUUUUCCCCCUCCAAAAAUGAAGGGGAAAUGUGUGUGCGUCCUAUGGGGCGAAUACAGGCUUUCGCUGAAGGGAGCUCUGCUCCAGAGGGUUGCGCAGAGCUGCCUGCCCUCCCGGGCUCCGCGCAGCUCUGCGCGACCCUCAGGAGCCCGGCGCCAGUUUUUGAGAUCUGCAAGGGAGGCCUUGUUGGCAGUUCUGCUGUGCUGUGAAGUUUGUGAAGUGGCAGUACCUGAGAAGACCUUCUCUAUGGUAGCCACUCGGCUGUUGAAUGCCUUCUGAGGUGCAUCUGGUUUCAUCACUGUAUACAUUUCAACAACUGGUCAAGCCACACAUUUUUGCACUGGCAAUUGGGACUGGAGGAUGAGAUUAGAAUAUCCCUCACUGCAAUGUUGUUGUUUCUGUCCGCUCUUCAUUCAGCUUAAUGAUCUAGUACUGUUUAGGUUUUACUUAGUUAACUUGUAGUAUUGAGCUUGAAGGUAACCUGCCUUAGGGCAGGCUACAUGGCGAAGGACAGGGCUAUAAUUACAUAUAUAUAUAAUUCUACAACCUGAAAUUCUUAUGCUGUAAAGUGCACCUAAGGUUAAUGGGGACGUUUGGCUGAAACUUUUAGGGUGAUCACUUUUAGGGUGAUCUGGAGACUUCCGGGUUGGCGCCACCGGCAAUGGCGGAAUUCCUCUGAUCGGGAGGAAUUUGCCUCAUGGAAAUUCGGGUCUGGCCGCCACGGCGAAGGCGGAGACCCACUAAAAAUCACAGGCGGGUGAAGCCUGUCAACGUGAGAUUUGGCGGGCACCUUUUGCGCCUCCCCUACUCGCGGGGAAACCCGGUUUCGGGGAUCCGGAGCGACGUGGGGUGAGCGGCACGGUGCUUCGGAUCGACUGCUUCUUCCACGGAGCGAAGCCGCAUAGCUGUUGCCGGAGAGUGCUGACUUUUUCCUGUGGACAAUUUGAUCUUAAAGUAACUACCCGUGAGUAGAGUGAAGAAUUGGAUUUUUAAACGUCUUAAUUUGGCACCGAAACGGGGAGGCUCAAAACAGGAAGUCCACCUCCCCUUUUUGUAAAUAAGACUGAGGCAAAGAGGUUGCAAGCUAAAGUCUUGGAAAGCCUAUUGUAAAGGACUAAAUUCUCAUCAGUAAAAAAUAUUAAACCCCCGUUGGAAGCAGGAGAAGAGGGGGGAGGCUUUGGAUUGUGUAUCCCUGCAGGAGUGAGUGAAGGAAGUUAAAAUACCACCGUUCCAAACCUGGAAACGGGCUGCUAGUAAGACCGACGUGUCUUGGAAGGUUCCUUGACAGCGAAUAGAACGUACAGUGACAGCUAGCAUAAGAGAGAUAUAUUGUUUCCAUUGUCUUCGUCUGCACUUAAAAAGGAGUAAAAGUAAUGGAAAAUUGAAACAACUUUAUUGAACUUUAUUAAAAAAGGAGGAAAGUAACUGAAAAAUGAAACUAACUUAGGAUUAUUGAAACUGUGUUUAAAAGAGGACAUACUGACCGAUACAAAUACAACGCGCUUUCCCCUAGUGGAAGCUUUUGAAAUUGGUUACUCUAUAGGAGCUGGGCUAGGGGAAUUGCCAGCUGCAAGAUAAAAAAGUGUGAGACUUUGGAAUUGACCUUGAAUCUCUUAAGUGUUAUGGCAAAUGGAAAGGAAAAAACAGACGGGAUGUCGACAGAGGAGGCCUUAGUGGCUGCAUUAUUGAAAAUAAACGAUUCGCUGGAACAACUCCACUAGAAAACAGAUGCGAUAAAUGUGAAAUUGGAUGUUGCAAAUAUUGAAAUUGAUUCAACUGUAGAAAGUUUAAAUAACUUGGGACAAAAGGUGAAUACCAAUUCAGAAACCACCCAGAAACUGACACAGGAAUCUACUUCGAUAUGGCAAGCUGCAGAUGAAGUUAGGGGAAAAACCCUUGCUGCUGAAUCUAAAGCAAUACAACAGGAGAGGAGAGUCCCAUCCAUACAAAGACAACUUGACGAGCAUAAGUUGACAUUCGUUAUGAUUGAACUUAAAGAAGAACGGAUGAAUUUGAGGACCAGAGCCCUAUCUGAAUUGGAAAAGGAAAACUUGACAGAGUUUCAGGAGGCGAUACUAACAUUGGUUGAGAAAGAGAGGUAUUUGGGGGUUAGUAUGACCGCCAAAAAUGUGAAUCUGCUUAAGGAUAACUGUGAAGGAUGUUGGAUUGAAGAGAAGGGGGAUUUGGAAAUAUGGACAAAUCAGAAGUUGUUACUGUUGGACCGAGUUAUUGUGGUGGGGAUGAGGGCUGCUGUUUUGCUGGGGAUGUUGCUUUUGUUUCAAACAUUGCAAGCUUUGGAUGGGAUGGAGGGUUUCAGGAGGUGGCAGAGGGAUGAUCCUAGAGUUGUUUGGCAGGGCAGGAAGCCUCGAGUAAAAUUUAAGAUAUUGAUGGAUGCCAAAGAAGGAGGGGGACCUGCCCUGCCAGACCUUUAAACUUUGCUGUGAACCAUCUGCUUUUGCUGGUUGAGAGAAUGGUUGCUUUUUGAAAACACUGAAGCGUUGGACAAUGGCAGAUGAAGUUGAUGGACUAUAUGGAAUUGGCGGAAAUGACUGGCAAGAUCCGAGACCAGGGUGAAGAGUCAGUGGAAGAAGAUUGGAAAAAGUUUAAAGACUAUUUAUAGAAAUAUUGUAAAAUUAAGGAAUGUUAGAAAAAUGUUGGAAUGAAAUUAUAUGGCUUUAGCAGAAAUGUCAUAAGGAAUUAAGUAUAAAUAGAUUAAUAGAAAAUUAAAGGAAAAGUAUGGCAAGAAUGUGUUAAGAUAAUUAUAGAACAGAAAACAGAGUAAGAUGGAAAGGAAUUGCUGAAACAAAUAAUAGAAGUGGAAUACAAAAAGGGAGGUGGGAGGAGGUCGCUGGAAAUAAGUGAAUGAAAUAUAAGAUAUUGAAAAUGUUUGAGGUGUUUUUAAAUUGUUUUUGCUUGUUUUUGUUUGUUUUGUUAGUCCAUGUAGCAUUUUUGUAUUGCAUUUCCAUUGUUGUUGUUUUUCUUUUUUGUUGUUUGUAGUGUUGUGUUGGAAAUGUUAAAAAAGUAAUAAAUAUCAUUAAAAAAGAAAAAGAAACUUUUAGGGUGAUCUGUUUCCUGCUUUGUAUGACAAGGGAGAAAACCAUGAAGCCUAUUGGGUCACUGGGUAUUAAGCUGUACAAACUUUACUUUACUUUACUUUACUUCACUUACCAGUGUUGAAUAACUUUUAUUAGUUUGCUGCAUAUUUGACGGGAAACUAAUAAUAAUUAGUUUAUUAAUAAAUAAUUAGAAAUAGUGGUUUAAUGUUCUGUUUUGGAGAACAAUGUCUUCUUUCCUUGCAUUCCUUUGUAAUUUGACACUCAUUUUUCAAUUUAGAAUUAAAAGAUGACAAUGAUGAUGAUGAAGAAUGCUAUGUAAUAGAAAAGGGAGCAAGAGGGAAAAGGCCUAUUUUUGAAUGUUUUUGGAAUGGAAGACUAAUACCAUACACAACUGUUGAGAAGUAAGAUUAUGCCUAUGCAAUAAUUUACAUUUUUAUUAUUUUUAUUAUUUUUGUAAAAGUUUCUAAUCAUUGCCUUUCUCCCUAAGCUUUGAGUGGUGUGCUCUGCCCAAGAGAGGUCUUGCCCCAUCUGAAUGUUACAACAGAAUUUCUGGUGUGUUAUUUACAAAUGACAGAUUUCAGGUCAGCACAAACAAACUGACUUUCAUGGAUUUGGAAUUGAAGUUAAAAGACAGAAACACAAUUUUUACAAGAAUCUUCAAUGGACAGGUAAUACUUGUUCAAUUUAAUUGCUUGUCACAAUUGGAUAAAUAAAUUAAGAGAACCAUUAUAUGUGAGCUUUCUGUCUUUUUAUUGACUUACUUUAGAUUUUUAAAUUACAUUGCCUAAGUUUAGACUUCUAUUGUAUUUGAGGAGUUUGGUAUGUGUUACCAUAAUGUUGGGGCUGGCUCCUAGUCUGAAGGGGCCCUGGGCAAAGUACUUUCUGGUAGGUUCCUUCCCUACUUCAUCAAUGGACCUUGGGAGGCUUACCUGGCUUUAGUAGUAGUACUGAGCAGAUGGGUCUAGUCACCUUUUUAAUUCCCCUCAGUGGCCAAGUGAUGCUAGGUCAGGAACAUUGUGGGUAAUUAAAAUUGCCACACCUUGUCUUUCGUAAUUUUAAAUAAUGACUAAUUGAAGCUGAGGCCUGCACAAGACUGCACCUUCAGACAGUCAUAAAGGCUGAACUACAGUUACUCUAAUACAUGUUCAAAAUUCUUCACAGGAGCAAAGAAUGAAAAUUGACAGAGACUUUUCAUUGUGGCUCAAGGAGUGCCAUGAAAAACAUGACAAACAAAUAAAAUUCACACACUUCGAAGAAAUAAUUACACGCACUGAGCUGCACUCUAAGCGCUUGCAGAGGCCUUGGUCUACAUAUUUGGCAAUAGAAUGGGAUGGAAAGACAUACAAAGCUGGGCAGCUGGUAAGUUAAUUGCUUGUUGAUGACACUUUUUAAAGAUGGCCUAAAACAGAUUUGAAUGCAACUAAAGUUUAAUAUAAAUAAAAUUAUAAUAUGCUUUUAAAAGAAUGUUUGCUGGGGAAAUAGAAGUACUUUGUUGCUUAUCCUGUAUAAUGCAGGCAAAAAUAUUGAUGUUACAUAUUAUUUUAUGUUAUAAAAAGCUAAUUUAGGAUUCAAUUAUUGCUACUGUAAAAAACAUAUUUUAAAUGUUUUUAUUGAUGUGAGCAUUUCUACCCCACCCUUGUAAUGCAUACAUAUCCCUCUGGGUGUCUUAGAACAAUUAAAAUCACAGUAUCAUUAUGAACCCAUGAUGUCACAAUACUUUUUUUUACUGAUAAUUCUAAUAUUCCUUGUAAAUGGCUUAGUGGUUUUAUUGCAAUCAAGCAGUAGAUAGAUAGACACUUUAAUUAUGCCCAGAAACAAAUUAGCAAACAACACAGCUGUUGCAGAUGAUGUGUAAAGUUAGCUGUUUGAACACUGCUGGAUCUUAAACCCCCCAAAACAUGCUCACUCAUUCUUGCAGUUGUGUUCUGAAUCAAUCGAAGUUUCCAAAGAUUGUUCAAACGUAGCCCAAAUUUAACACAUUGCAGAAAUAUAACCUAUAUGCAAUUAACACAUCUGUUGCUGUAGCUGCAUCUCCUAAUCUCAGAUAAGUGGCCCAUCAGCCUAUGAGGGGGUAAGGCACUUCUGGCGCCCAAUAGCCACAUGCGUGCCUAGGUACAAGGCUGAAUCUAGGACUAGCCACAAAUUGCAAGCCUGCUUCUUCAAGGGGAAAAUGAAUGAGACAAUGUUUUGGCAAACAAGGUGUGAGUGGGUGAGUGUUGCAACCCAAGGUGAAUAUUGAUGCUCACCCCUCUUCAGUGUUAAUGUGUUCCAUUUUAUUGUUUUUAUAAAUUAACAAAGCCUGUUGGGAUAAUCUGGGACGACUUUGAAGGCAGCAAAAAAGUCUCAACAAGGCAUUUAUUGAUUAUCACUACCAGCUGUUGCCUCUGAUAACUACAAACGUACCCCAUCAGCACAUGGGUUUCCACUUGCAAAACAGGACUUCCCCCCUCUUACUACAACCCAGUUUGGGGAUCAGAACUGAACUGUUAACUUGAAAAGCGUCAGCCUUGCUGUGUUUGCUGGUCCCGUGGGUAACUGUGAGGCGAGGUCCAAGUCCAGUCCGAGAUCAAGGGUGCAGUAGGGAGGAAGUCCGUCAAAGCUGAAGCUGGGUCCAAGGCAGGGAGUUGGGUGAGGUCAGGAGCUCCAGCAGGCAGGAACAGGCUACCAACAAUGUUGCUCCCACAACCUGGGACUGGGCUGGCUGGCUUUUAUCUGCCCCAAGGCAUAGGGCGGCCCCGGUCCACAGGUGACUUGCCUCUCCUGGCCUGGAGGCGAGCACUCCUCCUGCGGGAACUUAGUUCCCUCCGCCUCUUUGCCCUGAGCCUCUGCAGUUCAGGAGAGGCUGGAGGGUUACCGGACCCAGAGGCAACCUCAGCUUCCCCUGACAGGGCUGAGAGUGGAGCACCUGCAGGCAAUGGGUCCUCCAUCACCUCAGGAGCCAGAGCAGACUCAGCUGGUGCCUGCACCUGAGGAUCCAGCACAGGUUAGGACCCUUGAGCUCAAGCCCCAGCCCCAGCUCAGCUGGUUCUGGAGGCAGGGAAUCCUGUGCAGGCUGGGAUUCCUCAGGUUCACCCUCUGAGUCUGAAUCCCAGGCCAUCACACUGUGUGUGUCAAGGUGAUCAAACCUGAGACACACAGCCUCAGAACUUCCUUUGUAAAGGAACAUAAGGACAAGUAAACUUUCAAAACACGAACAUGUAAAAGCUUUAUUCUCCUAACCAAGUUUUACACAGCCUGUGGUAUCUCUCCCUAAUGAAAUGCUAUCCCUCAGAAAAGGGAAAUAGGAGAACUCAUCUUUCCAGUUUCCUAUCUAAGCAGACUAGCCCACCCCCAUCCCCCACAAAGGAUUUUGUGAUACCCACACCAAGGAUCCUUCCCAGGAAAUCCUUGCAGCAGUGAUAAACAGGGAAAUGGUGAGGUGUGAGAGAAAGACACAUGUUGCCUCUGUGGGUUGGCGUAGCCUUCUCCAAAAGGGAUCAGAGGGAGAACUACUUUUAUGGAGAUAUGGGAUGGACAAAAAAGUUCUAUCCCACAGGAUCCAGAAUGCCAUAAGAUGGCAAAGCAGCAUUAAAUCCUGGUUCUAGAUACAAAAAAUGUCUCUGUAUUGUCCUCUUCACAUGCAUGGAAACAUACUUCAGGCUCAGAGUUAGGGUCUAGCCCACAUUACCUGCAUCACCGGGCUGAAGCUUGACCUUCACACCUCCCAUCCAUUAGCCCACAGCCUUGCUUCUUUGUUUCAGCCUCUGUAGGGAAAACACAUUUCAGAUAAAUGGUUGCUAAGGCUUGCUAGAUUGAACUGUUACUUUCAAGGCUGGAGCAGACUGCAGAAAGCUCCAUUAUUUUACUAACAGCUUGGGUUUCAAAAUCACAACUAAAUUUAAUUAUUUUUAAAACAUUUCAAAAUGAAAAGAUAGAAGAGAGAAAAUAAGUGUUUUUGAAAGUAUUAACUUUUAUAAAUAAUGAAUACACAAACUUUCUUCCCAGUGAUAUUUUUUUAAGUUCCAGUUUCAUGUUGGUAUCCAGCUAGUGUCACGAACAAGCUAUGCCUGUCACUAUGAUACGUGGGAAGGUUUAUUCCCAACCAGAACAGUUUUUACUGUAUCCCCUAACAGAAUAUAGACCGCAAACAACUUUUUUUCCCUAAACACUCUGUGCCGUUGAACCAGCAUGGUAAACAGAGGUUUUUUUUAGAAAUGAUGCACUGUGUCUUUGGAAUAAACUUGGAACCUCUUAAACAGUCCCCACCCCCACCCCCAACUCCAGUUCGUAACAUAGUGUAAGCUCUGUAUUUCACCAUGCAGUGGGUUCUCACUUGGAGAAGAACUUUUACAUACCAAAUUGCAUUUGCAUGCAGGAGAUGCUUUUACCAAUACUGUUUUUGGCUACUGAAGAAUUACAGUAAAUAGAACUACAGUGGUACCUCAGGUUAUGUACUUAAUUCGUUCCGGAGCUCCGUUCUUAACCUGAAACUGUUCUUAACCUGAAGUACCACUUUAGCUAAUGGGGCCUCUUGCUGCUGCCGCGCCGCCAGAGCACGAUUUCUGUUCUCAUCCUGAAGCAAAGUUCUUAACCUGAAGCACUAUUUCUGGGUUAGCAGAGUCUGUAACCUGAAGCGUAUGUAACCCGAGGUACCACUGUAUGUUAGUUAGUCUUUGUUGUUGUUGUAUGUUCAUGCAGAUUGAAUGGAUCCACCAAAUAUUAUUUCUAGGAUUAAAUUAAAUCUGUAAAGAGUACAGUAAAAAAAAAAAAGAACUUCUGUUUGUGUCUUAGGUAAAAACAAUUAAAACAGUUCCAUUACUCUAUGGCAGAAUAAGGAAAUUUUUUCUAUAUGGAGAUCAUGAUGGAGAUGUGUAUGCUACAGGAGGAGAGGUUCAGAUAGCUUUGGUAAGUGAAUAGUCAAAAGUUGUAAACUGAUUAAGUGAUUUAAUUAGAUUAGAGGUAACAAUUUCUUUGAAAGUCUUCCAUGAAGAUUGUAUUUUUCGCUCCAUAAGAUGCACCUGACCAUAAGACGCACCUUCUCCCGCUGGAGCCUUAGCAACCGGACAGAGCCUGCAGCUCAGUCAGCCUGUAUCCAAAGGCGGCGGCAACAGCAGCAGCAGUGAAACUAACCUCAUUGGCUUUCCUGGCGGCUGCACCAACAGCCUCCACUGCUCUUUUCAAUGAGCCUCAUUCUCCGGCCGCAACAUCUGUCUCCCUGGGCAAUGUUUGCUCAGACAUUACUCGGCUCUGGCGGUAGCCUCUCUCUCUCUCUCUCUCUCUCUCUCUCUCUCUCUCUCUCUCUGGCCUGGCAUUAAGCCGCAGCAAACUCCUGCUGCAACUACAUCCGCUCCCUGGGAGAGAGGAUGCCAUGGGAGGGGGGUGGAAAGAGAGAGAGCACUUGUCUAGAUCAGGCGUUGUUGUUAAUUUGUAUACUGCCCUCCAUCCGAAGAUCACAACAUAAAAAUGCAAAGCAAAAACAGAGCAAAAUUGAAGGUUGACGCCUUGCCUUGCAAACAUAAUCCAGAUGUGUUGCCUGCCAGCCUUGCUUGCUCAUCCAAGGGAUGAAGAGACCCGUUUCCUCUACUUCUGGGCAACAUCUCCCUCAGAGCCUUCAGACACACAUGGGCAUCUGGCAGCUAAGCCUCGGGGUGAAAGGCAAAUAUAUUGUUUGGCGGAAGCUCCCCGUCCCAAUUUGACAGAGCAUGCGAGGGAGAAAGAUCCCCCUCCGCGCUGGCUCCUGGCUGCUCUCAUGCAAGUCACAGAGCCCCUCAGAUGGAGGGAACUCUAAAGCGUAUUCUAAAGCCCUCUUCCCCUGCCUCACCUCUCCUUACCCCCUCGUGCGGGCGCCGCCAUUAGGACACUCGCACGGGCGACGUGCCACGCCCCUGCUGCCCUGGGAACCAAAGUCCCCAGCUCCUCUGCUGCCAGGGACCACACAUUCACUCCAUAAGAUGCACAGACAUUUCCCCUUUUUAGGAAGAAAAAAGUGUGUCUUAUGGAGUGAAAAAUACAGUAAUUAUAUGCAAGUCAAACCGAUUUCAGCUAAAAUUGUUAAAAAUUUGUACAAAUCUCUAAAUGAUGCUCAGCUUUUUAUUAGCUUGUUUAUUAUUUGUCUGAUUUAGAGAUAUUAGAGAAAAGAUAGCUGCACUUGACCCAUUUCACAUUUUAUUUGAUAAUAAGGCUUUUAGCCCCUCCAUUAUACAUAACAGUUCUUUUAACCUACUUUCCUCCCAGAUCUUCAUAUCUCUUAGAUAACAGCAAAGAGAGGUGACAGCCCUGUACUUAAGUACUGUACUAUAUAAUAUAUUAUUUUCUAUUGAAUUUAAUAUAACGUUUAAUCCUGCAGUCUCGGGGAGGGCAGCCCAGCUUUCAACCAAGAAUCACAGAGCAAUUUACAAUAGAAAAAUACAUACCACAGUAGCAAAUAAAGCAAUAACCACCCCUAUACAACCUAUGGCUUUUUAAAUUAGCCAAAGGCCUGAGAGAAAAGGAAUGUUUUUGCCUGGCACCUAAAGUUAUAUAACAAAGGCACCAGGCGAGCCUCCCUGGGGGGAGCAUUCCACAAGCAGGGAGCCACUGCAGAAUGUUAUGGGUCUCUUGGAAACCCCCUCACAGGCACUGUAGAUAGAACCACAAUUAAUGCUUCAAUGGUAGAGAGAGCAAAAGCAGAGCAUGGUGGAGGCUUACCUGAGGAGGAUUUGGACCCUCCUAAUUCCCCUGACUGGGAAAGAAUAUCAGCCCUGAUGCUAGCAUAAUUCUUUUCCUCUACUUUCCAACCCUGCACCUUCUGCCCUAGCCAACGUGAGAUUGGGUAGACUCAGGAUUUGUUGGUUCCAGGGGCACAGAUUUACCACUUCCAGCCCUCAUUGGAUUGUUCUGCCCAUGAUGAUAUAAAGUUCUAUGUAUCUGAAUCCAGAUAUAAUUUAAUUCUAUGCUUCCUUAUCGGAAGUCAUUUAUAAAUAAGUAGCUUAACUUUUCAGGAACCUGAGGGACUCUAUGAUGAAAUCAAGGUUAUACCAAUAUGCAAACUUGAUCGUUCCGUUUCCAACAAAGCAGUGAAGAAAUACAUUGAAGAGGAAAUUUCCAAGUAAGUUUAUAUAAGCCAAUGAAAAGCUAAUCUGUUAAUUCAAAAAUAUGCAGGCUGUGUUUAUUUAUAUUUAUUAAAUUUGUAUACCGCCCUUCACCUGCAGUUCACAACAUGGUUUAAAUGAGUUAAUCUAGCAGAUUUAAUUGAUUAAAGCUUGCAGUGCCAGAAAAUGUAAAUAAUAACUUUUUUUUUAAUUAGGCUUCCUGAUAGGUUGUCAGUAACAUGGCCCGAAGGAGAUGAAUUAUUACCAAAUGAAACUAAGCUUGCAGGAGCUACCAUAGGUAUGUGUUAAUGAUAAAGGGCUGGAUCUAGAAAGAAGUGACAUUCCUUCCACCAGCAGCUCAUCAUACCUCCUAAAAGGAUCCUCCUGAAUAAUAUGAGCUAUGGCACAGGAGACUGAGGAGGAAGUGGGGUCAUCAAUAAUCAGGUAGAGGCAACUUCCAUGAAGGGAACUAGCACUUAUGGAAAGUGUCUCUGCCUGAUUUUCAAGCAUUUGUCUCCCCCAACACAACACAGAAGAAGAAGAAGAAGAGUUUGGAUUUGGUAUCCCACCUUUCACUCCCUUUAAGGAGUCUCAAAGCGGCUAACAUUCUCCUUUCCCUUCCUCCGCCACAACAAACACUCUGUGAGGUGAGUGGGGCUGAGAGACUUCAGAGAAGUGUGACUGGCCCAAGGUCACCCAGCAGCUGCAUGUGGAGGAGCGGAGACGUGAACCCGGUUCCCCAGAUUACAAGUCUAUCGCUCUUAACCACUACACCACACUGGCUCUUUCAAGAGGGUUCUCUGACUUUUGGAGAGGCUGCUAAGGAGAGAAGGGGGUUGGAAUAUCAUGUUCUACCAAUCCACUUCUAUGGACCAUGUGUGUAUCUAAUUUGUAGUGUAAUUUAAAUAUUACUUAUGGACAAGUGGAGUUUGAAAAGAACUUACACUUGGAUGUGUUUAAUGUAUUUGGGGGGGGUGUUCUGUUUUUUUAUUUAUAGGAGCACUAAGAAUUGAAAUAUUAAAUAAAAAAGGAGAGCCUAUGCAAAAGCUUCCAGGGUCAGGUCAUGGAGCAGCGAAGAAAUUGCUUGUGGAACUUAAGGUCAUUUUUCAUUGUAAGAAUGCAAUCUGUUUUCAUUAGAUUAUUUUAAAACAUUAUUAUAUUGAGGUUUGAUACACUAGCCAUUAGAACAGAGCUUUCCAAACAUUUCAUGUUGGUGACACAUUUUUUAGACAUGCAUCAUUUUGUGGCACAGCAAUUCAGUUUUACUAGCAAACCAAACUAACUGCUUUCUAGUCCCGGGAGGAGCGUGGGGAGCUUUCAUGUGACACACCUACACAAUGCCGGGGAAACUCAGCCAGAUGGGCGGGGUAUAAAUAAUAAAUUAUUAUAAUGCAGCUGCCACACUAACAUGUCGCGACACACGGUUUGGAAAGCUCUGCAUUAGGAUAACACAAUGUCUCAUGUGUUAAACACUUAAAGUCCUGAUGCAUUUUAAAAUAUAUUCCUCUAAAGCAGCAGUGGGGGAUCUAUGGCCUUCCAGGUGUUGUUAGACUCCCACUCCCUAGCUACUAGCCAUGCUGACUUAGCCAGCACAUUUCAGGCUAGUAAUUUUCUUGCAGGCUACUAACUUUAGAGGAUUUAUUUACAAGGUUGUGUUAGCUGUUUCUGGGCAGACUAAAGCAAUCAACUAUUCUUCAGUGCAUCAGUCAUGGGCACUUCAUUUUUCUUUGCUACAUUUUGUGGGGGUAAGGACAGAAGGAGCAACUCUGGAAAAAGAAUAUAAAAUUGUGCAUUGUAUAGGUUCCUAUAUUCCCAUAUUUAAGCAGCAGUCUGGUGCUCACUUAUUUGGAAGAAAGUCCUCAUUGAACUCAAGUGGAUAUACUUCUAAGUAAAUUGGAUUGUGCUGUUAACAUUGCAGACUCAUGGGUGCUAGUAGUAAGAAAGACCCUAUAUAGGAAUAUAUUUAAAAUAUAUCCUUUGUAGAUAAAAAAAAAAAAGGAAAGCAUGCGAAAUGUAUACAGUAUUACUAAGAGAUGCAAGGCUUAAUUAUGAGAAUGAAACAACAUUAAUACUAUGUUUAGUUGUUAAUUAACAUUGUUUAGUAGCCAAAUUUGCACCAACCUUUAGGAAACAUGAAGAAAUAGCAAUAGGAAACUUUUAAGUCAUGCUUUAAAAAUUCAUCAUUCAUUUAAUUUUCCUAGAAUUCAGUCAACCUACCUGGAAAGGGAUGACCUUCCUCACCCCAAGUUCCAGAUGGAGCUGGGAUGCGAAGUAGGAUUAUUUUUGACCUUGUGCAAAUGCACAAGGGGCAAGGGGAAGAUUAGGCUCCUAGCAACUACCAUUUUUCAUUCAGCUACUAAGGCGUUUGAAAAGUAGUGAACCUCUACAUUUCCUGCCAGCCGCCUAAUUUUCUAAUCCUGUUGGUUUCCUUUAGGGGACAUUUAAGCAAAAUCAGUGUCAUUUUAAAUAACAUGGCUGCGGCUGAAUCAAGCCUACAUCACUUUCAAUUUAAUUCUCAGUUCACCUUCACCAAACUGUUAAUGUAGGGGUGGUUAUCCCCUGACUUGGAGGCCUUAUCUGGCACACACUCCAAGAGCACCAGUUUUGAAGACAGCAACAAAACUAGUGUGGGGUUGCUUUUUUAAGUAGACACAACACUGGUGUGGGCAGAGUAACCCCUUACUGAGUUACCUUAAUAUUAUUAUUAAAAUACACAUAUAUCCUGUAUUAUUUGUUUGCAACCUAAUGCAUUUAAAGAUACCUUGGCACAAUUUUUAUAUGUGUUUUCUUUCUUCCCCCUAUUUAAGCCCAUAAUGGAGAUAAGGAAAUCAUUUCUCUUAUCAGUCAGCAUGGGGGGAAAUGGCCUUACUGGUUCAAAAAAAUGGGUGAGUGUUUUUGCUUUAAAUCUACCUUACAGUUGAGCAAUAUUUUGAUUAUUUCAUUUUAAACUUUUGUUUCUGAUUAUACACAGAAAAUAUUACUAAACUUGGAUCCUACACAUUGAAACUGCAAGUGAUGUUGAAUGAAAGCAAUGCCAACACUUUUGCAGUAAGACCUCUUCCAUCAGAAACAUUUAAAUUUAAUAUAAUAGGUAAGGUUAAUACUGUUGUUGUAUUUUAACCAGUCAGUGCCUGUUCUUUGCAUGCAGAAGUUAGCAGUGACACACUCAGUAAAAUACUAUUUUUCUAUUUAAAGUUGGAUUAAAUCUUGAAAACGUUACUGAAAGUGUUAAUCAAAUAUAAAUGAGUUGAAGCAUUCAGGCUGUAUUCAGAUGGGUGAAGAAUGACUAUAAUUAAACCACUAAACAAUUUCAUUGUAAUAACCUUGUUUCCCCCCCAUCUACCUCAGAGGGCAAGCCUCAGAAGUUUUCAAUAGGUCUUUUGGAUCCCCCAUUUCGAGUUGGGCAUCCAUUCAAUAUUCCUCUAGAUGUCCAGGAUGAAUUUGGUCAUGCUACUCAUCUGACAGAUGAUAUUGUGCCAAUUCUUGAGGCUAGGUAACUGUCAUUUUAAUUAUUUUGUUUAUUUAGUAUUCUUAAAUAAAGAUUUGUAUUUUCUCUGUUUUCCCCAAUCCAGUGGGUCCCAGAUAAAUGUUGUGCACACACAGCUAGGUGCUUUUCUUUUCAGAAACUAGUGAUCUGUCUCCUUUGCACCAAAAACUAAGAUAUCGUCUCUUGAAUUCUUACACAGUUUUGAGGUUACAGGGUGUUAAUGCAGGAGGAGAUGACAGAUGUUUGCUGUAUCACAACUGUGGCUUUUUGCCCAUGCAAAAUGAAUGGAGUUCUUAAACUGGGAUUUUUCACAGUAUUUUUAACAUGGAAGGAUUCUGUAUGCUGAUGGGAGAUUCCUCCCAUCUAAUUUAGGAGAAAAGACUAAUUUCAUUAGAAGGAGCAGUGUCUCAGUAUUUUUCUUGCCUACAGUGAAAAGCAGUGAUGCUAGACAGUGAUCGAUUGAGAAUAUACAGGAGUGAGACAAUAUUUCAGGUAUCUUGGGUUAAGAGGACGUGUCCCUAAAAUAUGGAAUUAAGCCAUAAUCUUUACCUAUUUAACUGAAUUGUCUAUCAUUCUUUUGAGCUGUCUUAUACAGUGUACAAAGUGCAGUGCCCCCCCCAAAAAAAAAACCAGGCAAUUUGAAUAUUUUGCAGCAGUGCCCAAUCUGGACAGGGUGUUAUCAUUCCCAAACCAAGAAAAUAGUGUUGGAUUGACCCAUAAGAGUUAUUUCUGAUCAUAGACAGACACCUGGGCCCUGGGCCUUUAAUUUUCCUCUGGUGGGGAGUUGUUCCCCAUAGUCAUCCUGACAGUAAAGCUAAAGGUAAAGGGACCCCAGACAGUUAAGUCCAGUAGCGAAUGACCCUGGGGUUGUGGCACUUAUCUCGCUUUACAGGCUGAGGGAGCUGGCGUUUGUCUGCUCUGCAGACAGUUUUUCCGGUCAUGUGGCUAGCAUGACUAAGCUGCUUCUGGCGCAACGGAACACCGUCACCAGAGCAGUGCACAGAAACGCCAUUUAGCUUCCCGCUGGAGCAGUACCUAUUAAUCUACUUGCACUUUUUGGCGUGCUUUCGAACUGCUAGGUUGGCAGGAGCUGGGACCGAGCAACAGGAGCUCACCCCGUUGCGGGGAUUCGAACUGCCAACCUUUUGAUCGGCAAGCCCAAGGCUUAGUGGUUUAGACCACGGUGCCACCCGCGUCCUGAUAGUAGCCCUCUCUUUUCUGUGCAACGUUAAAAUAGCAAGUCCACAGUUUUGCAUUUUGCUUAUUCCUCACUUUUGGGAGCAUCCAAAACCAAGAGGGCUGAUCCACAGUAGAGGUUUCAGAAGCUUCUGGAAUUUUAGUCUUCUGAAGUGAAUGAGAAGGGUCACUCAUCAUCACAGAAUAUUCUGUAUAUUCAGAAAGAGCCCUCAUGGGUAACUCCACAUUAUGUAUUAUUUAGUUGCAAUUUUAAAAUGGUCACUUUAGUUCUUAAAAUUAUUUUCACUUGUGUUUGUAGUGGCUUAACAUUACAGUAUGAAGAAAUAGAUAAAGGACCAAAUUGUGCCAUUAAGGGUGUAACUGCUAAAGGCCUGGUAAACACUUACCAGGGGAAGGUAAGUUGAAUUAUGGCAAAAAUGCAUUGUUUACUUUUAAUAAAUAUGUGGCUGCAUACUUGUUUUCUAAAGAAUCAUAGUUGUUUUUCAUAAGAAUUAAAAUAUUUACCUAAAAUAUGUUCUAUAUAUUUUAUAUUCAAUAAUUAGUUUGUAGAUUAUUAAGUCAAGUAUUCUAGAAGUCCUUCAAGUCUAAGGGGGAGCGGGGGGGGGCUGUUGCCCCGGCUCACAUUUUCUGGAGGGGGCACAACUAGGUGCCCCCACAACAGGCUCCCAUCAGAACCUGGCUUUGGCGUGCGAGGCAGCUUCCUCGUGCCCAGCCUCAACUCUGCUUCAACUCCACUUCCAGGUCACAUUUGACCUUGGGACAGAGUGGGGAGUCUGUGACACAGAGCUGCCGCCCCUCUCCUCACCGUGUGUGCCCCCCACGGCAGCUCCAUCCCCAAGUCUGCCCUAACCUGGGAAGACGAAAGACUGGGCUCCUGUGGUGCCCAGCCGUGGCACCGCCAUCCCCAGGUCAAGCCUGACCCAUGGGGCAGAUUGAGGCUGUGAGGCGUCAGCCUGGCAGCUCCGAAAGAGGGUGGGUGGCAAUGCUGUUACCAACUCUCCUGGACUGUGGUGCGUGAGUGCGCCCCCUGCCCCAUUUUGUGAGGCAAGCCUCAGGGAGCUUCGUCUGUGCCCUGCCCCCCCCCCCCCGGUCCACCUUCCCUGGGUGCAAUUUCCUUACCACUGUUUCAAGUACCACUUACUUAUGUUGGGAUUACUGUAAGCGUGUCUUAAUGUAGGAUUUUGAAAUAGAAGGCGCCUCAGUUAAGAACCUCAGUUAAGUAGCUGAGGGUAUUAGACAAGAGUAAAGAUUAAAAGUGGAACAUUUUAAGUCAUUUCCUAGGGGGUGGAAAUAUAUAAUUGCUUUACAGGAUUAUUCACUUUGAAAACUGAACAAAAAAAAAUUCAUGGGCAUUAUUUAACAUUGACUUUUAAAAUUAUAUUUUUCAAUAGAACUUCAAUCUGAAAGUUACUCUUCCUGGCCUGAAGGAGGAAUCCCAAAUUUUGAAAAUUAAACUUCUUCCAGGUUAGUGAAAUGUUUGAAAUGUAUGACUUCCUUAAUGUGAUCCACUUUACAUGGGCCUGUCCUUGAAUUUGGUCUAGAAGCUACAGCUAGUACAAAAUACUUCUGCUGUCUGGGACAACCUAUUGGUAGCAUGUCACUGCCAAAUUGUUAAUAAGCUAGAUUCAAGAUUUUACUACUGUUAUAUAGGGCCCUUUAUAGUUCUGGACCAGGGUAUCAAAGAAGCUAUCUAUCUUCCUACAUCACUCCCCAAUUAGUUACAUGUCUUGAUGAAGAUCUAUUGAUGAUAUAAGAUGCCCCUACAGUAAAGUUGUGGUACCCGGUUUUUGGAAUUCUCUUCCUUUGAACUGAAGUAAGCCCCAAUGUUGUUUUUGAUGCUUGCUGGAAUAUUUUCUUUUCUACCAACCCUUUCCAAAUGAGUCUGUUUCUGCAGGUUUAAUUCUGGUUGUUCUUUAUUUAAUGCUAUUUCAUGAUCCAUAUCAGGUUUUAUAUUUCAUUUCUGUAUUCCACUCAGGUGAUUGUUGAAUGCUUUAUUAAAAAAUGAAAGUUUCUAUGGAAGUUUUUUUAAAAGUUUGAAUUAAAUAAAAAUAGGUGUCUGUUCUGGAGCCAUAAUCAGAUGUAACAUGGUAUUAUGUGGCCUCAUCCCAGAAGGUAUAACUCAAAACCAGUUUCUCUUAAACUUAAUUUUGAGGGGAGAUUUCCCCCUCCCCAACAUAAUAUUAAUCCAAUUUAUGCCUUAAGUGGUGAUACCAUAAAUGUUACCUUCUGUACAACUAAAUUGGUGUUUUCAGCUGCAUAUUAAAUAAAUUUUAUUUCAAUUCCAUUGAAUAAAAACUUGGGAAUUAUUCUUAAAACUUGCUGUAUAGCAAUUUUUAAAAAAAAUGUUUUUGACUUUUUCAAAGCUGUCUUGAUUGUUUGUUUUGAAAACCGAAACUAAACUUUAGUUUAUAAACAGGUCCACCAUGGCAGCUAAAUGUCAAACCAGACACUGAGACAUUGAAAAUUGAAAAUGGAACAGCAUUUCCUUUCCAGGUUGAAGUGCUGGAUGAAGUAGGCAACAUAACAGCACAACCAAAACUAAUAGUUCAUUGCAAGGUAGGUCAACAGCUUCUGUUCUUCUUCUUUAAAAAAUAGGACAUUAGUGCAAUUGGACUAGUGCAAUUAUCUCAGUGUUAUAUUACUGAAAAAUUGCCUCUGACACUGCAUACGAGCAUCAAAAAUUCGAGGGUAGAGGCCCAUCCUUCCUCAGAAAUGAAUUAGAGAUUGUCUUCCUUGCCCCCUUGCUUCAUUUUUCAGCAGGAACUCACCGGAACUCAGUUCCAGCACCUCUCAGGUGGGCCCCAUUGCCAUUAUAAGAGAACUAGGGAGGUGUUCGUGGUAAGUUCCGGCACCACUUUUUCUAGAAAAAUAGCAUUGCAAUCCAUUCUUUGUAUCAGGGUAAUUUUAAAUAUGCCAUAGUUAACUACUAUGUUCCAAAUAUUUUUAUAAGUUACUGUGCAAUUGAACUUUGCAGUUACAUUUUUUUAUAUAUUUAAACCCCUGAGCAGAUUUUUGCUUUUACUUUCUUCCUUCGAGUGAAAUUGUUCUCUCGGGUAGAAUGAGAUUUCCAUUUGAUGCUUGAAGGCAGGAUUACAGCUGAUUAAGGGGGCUUUGCUCAUAUCCAACUAGCCCCUACCAGGUUACUUCUGCCUUCGCUCUGGAGAGGCUGUGUCUCACGCUAUUCAGCUUUGCUCAGACUUGUGCUUCUUGUGUGCUGUUGUGUUAGUUCUCAGUUGUGUUUGUUUGGUGUUUGUUGCUGUUGUUUCUUGGAAACAGUAGCGUCUGAUUUUCUAUGCAGUUUUUUAUGCAUUGAUGCAUUUCGUUGCCCUGCGCUGCUCCCUGUUUGCUUGAAGGGAUUUAUUUUGGUUUCAGGGGUUGACUUGUGUCCUUUGUGCUUUAGCUUGGUGCUACUACUUAUUUAAUAACUUGAGAUUAGAUUAAUUAAUUAUAGUACAGGAAGUACUAAAGUUUUAAUUUUAUAUGGUGUGGCACUUUAUUUCAGGCUACUUCAUGAAUCUCUCAAAAAGAACACAUAUGGGUUUGAAUUAACCUAAUUUAUAAAGAUGUUAGGGGGAUACAGGUGGCGCUGUGGGUUAAACCACAGAACCUAGGACUUGCUGAUCAGAAGGUUGGCGGUUCGAAUCCCUGCAACGGGGUGAGCUCCCGUUGCUCAGUCCCAGCUCCUGCCAACCUAGCAGUUCGAAAGCACGUCAAAGUGCAAGUAGAUAAAUAGGUACCACUCCAGCGGGAAGGUAAACGGUGUUUCCGUCUGCUGCUCUGGUUCGCCAGAAGCGGCUUAAUCAUGCUGGCCACAUGACCUGGAAGCUGUCUGCGGACAAACGCCGGCUCCCUCGGCCCAUAGAGCGAGAUGAGUGCCGCAACCCCAGAGUCGGUCACGACUGGAUCUAAUGGUCAGGGGUACCUUUACCUUUUACCUUUUUAUAAAGAUGUUAUUUAAAUGAAUCAAAUUAGCUUUUGUGAUAGGCAGUCAUGAAAAUUUCUUAAUAAUAAUUAUUCAUCCUAUUCUUUAUGACAAAACUCCCCCCAACGUACUUCAAUUAUUUCUGAGAUUUUUAUUCCGUUACUCGGUACCUUUAUCCAAGGGGUGGGGAACUGUGAUCCUCCCAAGUUUUAUAUCCGGCCCUCAGGACACUCCCCUGGCCACCACACAGUUCACUGGCUCCCUCCCUGCUUUCUUCAAAUGCUUUUGCCCGGCUGAAAUGUGUCAUUGUAUUAGAAUAAUGCCUCUUGCUUGCUUGGAUAGAAGAUACAGUAUGUCUGUGUGUGGAACAUAGCAUACUGUACAAAGUGUCUCAUCCAUUACUCAGCCCACUUUUGCCCCUUGCCCUGCCUGCUUUUCCCCUCUUGACCCUACCCAUCAAUAGCAUGCAGCCCCCAGAAGGGUUGAAAAUGUGGAAAUCCAACCCUCAGGCUGAAAAAGGUUCUCAACCCCUGCUUUGUGCCCACCUAUUGAUAUGAAAACUCUUAUUUAUGAUGUGGUUGUUUUAGUUUUCAGGAGCUCCAGGCCUUCCUGUAUAUGCUGUGGAUUGCAGCAGUGGUGGGAUAAAUAUAUUAACUGGACCAGUUCUGCAUGUAGAGAAUAUAAAGAAAGAUCAGACGCUUAAAGCAAGGUUUGAAAUACCUGUAAGUUGAAAUAGCUGUAAUGUUUUUGCUACUUGUUACCAUUUAGUGAUCUAUGGCACUUGAAUGCUCUAAUUUCCAUUGGUUGAGAUGUGGGCAAUAUUGCUGCAUGAAAUUCUUUCUGCAGGUGGCUGGAUCAGUGGAAAUGACCCUAUCUUACUCUGUAUGUAGUUGCCCUUAUAUUCUUCUGGAUUACCAAUAUCUUUGAAUAAUGAGAAAUUGGUUGUUCUUGAUAAAUAUGAUUAGACAUUUCCAACCUAUUUCACCCCUCAUUUAGGUCAAAAGACCCUCUGAACCCCAGGACCAUCUAGCAUGGACUGAAGGGGCCUGAUGAGUCCCUUAUUUUUAAACUAGAAAGUUCAGGACUUCUCUCUUCAUAGGGGUUGCUUGUAUACACAUACAACACAUCUAAAAAAUCUCUCCUUUGUAAUCCAUCACCUACUGUGAACUUCAUUUCUCAUUUGAGUGUCAGAUGUUUCUAAGUGCUAUUAGCUUCCUGUACUGCUCAAAGGCAGGACACACUGUAACUUCAAAGAAAGCUAUUCUCUCCCUUCCUCAGCUUAUUCCUUGCCUCCAAACCACUUGAUUCAGCUUUUCUUGCUGACUUUCAUUUGUAAUUUUCUCAGUCUCCCAUAUUGGCUAGUCUAGUGUGUGUAGUUUUUUAUUUUAUUUCUGUCCAAUUUGUUGGCCUUUUUUGUAGCAAUAUCUUCCUUUGGUGUUCAGAACAUAACAUGGUAAGAAAAUAAAAUGAUAAACAUAAGACAAGAUUGCUGGAUCAGGCCAGUGACCUGUCUAGUCCAGCAUCCUUUUCUCGCACUGGCCAACCAGAUGCUUGUGGGAAGUUUGCAAGUGGGACAGGAGUGCAACAGCAGACUGGCCACCUGUGAUUGCCAGCAUGUGGCAUCUCCAUCCCCAUCAUUCUGCCAGACACUGAGGUCCAGUGCCGAGGGCCCUCUGGUGCUUUCCUUGCUGCGAGAAGCCAAGUUACAGGGAACCAGGCAGAAGGCCUUCUCGGUAGUGGCACCCGCCCUGUGGAACGCCCUCCAGAUGUCAAAGAUGUCAAAGAGAAAAACAACUACCAGACUUUUAGAAGACAUCUGAAGGCAGCCCUGUUUAGGGAAGUUUUUAAUGUUUGAUGGACUAUUGUAUUUUAAUAUUUUGUUGGAAGCCGCCCAGAGUGCCUGGGGAAACCCAGCCAGAUGUGCGGAGUAUAAAUUAUUAUUAUUAUUAUUAUUAAUAAUAAUAAUAAUAAUAAUUCAGAAACAUACUGACCAAUAUGCUAAAGUUACCAUGAGAUUAGAUUGCAGAACCUCAGUGUACGUGUAUCUGUGAAGUGGUACAGUUCCAGUUACUUCUUCUGUUUUCCUUUCUCCUUUUUAUUAUUAGAGUUGUAAAAGUGUACCACCAUUGGAGAAGACUAUUAAAUUGCUUCCCAGUAGAUCUGUUGCAAGAUUACAAAUUUUUAGCAUCGAGGGAGAAAAAGCUAUGCAGAUCCAACACCAGGAUGAAAUUAACUGGGUUGCAGGUGAUGUGAUGCAGAAUCUCAUCUUCCACAUGUAUGAUGAAGGGGACAGAGAAAUAUUAAUCACUCCCACGCUGGCCGAAAAAGUUAAGGUUGGUAUUUUUAGGACGUUAAAACUUUGAUUCAACAUAAACAUUAGUUUUGUGAUCAGGCAGUACCGUAUUAAGGAGAAGAGGAAAGGUUACCAUAACAAAAAUACUAUAAAAAGAAAAUGUUUGCUUUGUUUACAUCAGUAUUUCCAUUGCUUUUUUUAAGGAAUUCAACCUAAGCUGUGUGAGAAUGUGGGAUAUAUCAUGACAUCUGAAAGGCACAUUUUCCAUAGUUGUUCCAUAGUUUAUUUACAUAAUUCAAAUUUCUAGGCUUCCUCAGGGGAGGUAACAACAGACAUAUGUAUAUGCUCCUAGGCCAUCAAACUAUGUUUCUGAAUAGGACUCAACCAUGAGUUAAAAUAACACUAAGAAAUUUAAAUUAUGGCUGAAAAUAUAUAGAAAGAAUAGCAUGUAUUGAGAGCCAGUGUAAUAUAGAAGACUAGCUGGGCCAGUCAUCACCUUUCAACCUAACAGGGUUCUUGUGGGGCUAAAACAGACAAGGGGAGAAGCAUGUACUGUUUCUCACUUGGAGCUCUUUGGAGGAAAGAUAACUUAAUUAUAGUAAUGUGGGAGGUCUUGCCAACUCAGAAGCUCCACAAAUUCAUUGUGCCAACGGAAUACAGCAGUAUCUGCCAAAUGUUUUGACAUGGUUUGAAAGUGAAUAGCUGUGAAGAAAUCCCGGGGCUUAGGGAAAGUCAUUGUAUAUCAGGCGGACAAGAGGCUGUACUAUGUGGCCAUUUAAAAAUUUUCUGCGCAAGGUGGAAAGUCUAAAAUUUUAGCUCUAGUUUUGUUCCACACAGAAUUUAAGCUUUGAUCAGAGAGCCACAAAACUAGAAAUUCAAGCAUAACAGGAGUUCAAAUGAAGAAGGCUUUUAUUUAUGUUAAUAAUUCAACCAUUUCCACUACUUUUUGUAUGCCAGUGAAGAGUGCACAUGGCAAUCAUGCUUAUGAAUAUCAAACCAAAGUGAACAUUUAAGGGACAUUUUGCAGUGUACUGAUGGGAGUAAAAUAUCAGAGAUUUUAAAAUUGAAUGCUUUUAGGCAGCAGAGUCAUAUAAGAUGAACAAACACUGGACAAUUACUCCAGUGAUCUACCUUCUCUCUAAAUACUGGUGUUGACCUAUAAAACGCUAAACGGUCAGCAUCUAGCACAUUCCAGGGACCACUGGCCCAUGUUCCAUCAUGAACUUUAAGGCUAAACAUAGUCCUUUCUGACACCCACCACCCCACAAUCAAUCAUCUGUUCCACAAGUGAUAAUACCCAGAUCUUUGCAGGCAGAAAUGCAUGUAGAAGCUUUUGAUAUGUAAGAGGAAUGUGGACUCCUAGCUGUGUAUGGGAUGAUGGGCAGGAGUGCAGUCUCUCUGCAGAGCUUAGACAAAAUACAUAUAGAAUGAGGGUAGAAAUGUCAGUGAGGCUGCUCAUGCCACAGAUCUUCUCUUGCCUCAAAUCUUGUCUACUCUAUGACAACUUACAUGGCAUGUUGGAUUUCUCUCUAUAUCCUGACAGCUUCAAGAACCUGAGCAGAAACUAUUUAACACACAGCAGUUAAUUGAUAUGGUGAUGUUUUAAUCUGACCAAGCCCUGAGUAUAUUUGGAUUUAUGCUAUUUAAUGUUUUAAAAGUUUCAGUAAUUUGGGGUUUUUUCAUAUUUUGGAGCUUUUGUAUUUUUUGAGUUUUGCAUAUUUGAAAUGUAUCUUCUGUUCUCUAGGAUGUUGCAACAGCCAUUGACAGAAAUAAAUCAAACAUUAUUAUACUUUGUGGUAGUUAAUAGAUUUGCUUGAAAUGAAGAUUAUGGGAAUGAUCCAGUCCUCUCUCUGGAUCCUUUCUCUUGAAUAUGUAGGUUCCCGUAUAAGCAGUCUCUCCCUUUCUCUCUCUUUUCUUUUUUCUUUUUUUCUCUCACCGCAGAUCUGUGCAUUGCUGUAUGCAGGUGAGGGGCUUGUUUCCUCUGUAUGCAGCACAUAUAAUUAGUAUUUAAUUCCAGAAGUAGUAAUGAUGUAAAUAAAGCUGAAAUUACUGGUUUAUUUUUUUUUAUUAUUAAAGUCAGCCCAACAUUUUGGUAUCUCAUUCUUAGUCAGUACUAUACCAAUUUUGUAUUUAGCUUUAUGUUACACCAUAACCUAAAUAUUUAAACAUUUUCUCUAAAAAAAAAAGAAAAAAAAAGAGGUCUUGCAAUCUCUUAAUUUUGUUUGUGGAGGCAAAAAAUAAAUAACUAUUUAAAUCUAUGCCAGUAGUUGAAUGGGACUGGUGCUCAUGAGACCAAGGGACAGUUGGCCAACAGUUAGUGCAAAAUCCUAUUCUUCUCAUUAGUCCCUUCCAGUCCUCCAGUAAAUGCCACCACCCUCCAUAAGAAGUAUGGGCUGUAUCCAGAUGUAACAGUAAACCAGAAUUUAGUCCUCGAGGAAUGAGCUUGGGGUGAGGCACUGGCUCUUAUUCGCCUUCCUCCAGUGUAGUCAGAAGGAGGAGAUUUGAAGCUUUCACACCAGUUUCCAACCAAAUCACGGUUACUCAUUCCUUGAGGAAGUCACUGCCAAAUUUUCUGAGGAGGGCCUAGAAUCCUAGCGAGUGGCAUGAUAUGUAAGGCAGGCUGUUACAGUAAGCUGAAUAAAUUGUAAGGCAAGAUAGAAUGAGAGUCUGGUAGUCCUAUCUAUUUGCAACACAGUACGGACAAUUUGAUUACUACACUUCCACAGCCUGCUUGUUCUCGUGAAUAAAACCUACUCUUGCUUAAAAUAUUAGUGUUCUUAUUUUAUCCCUCUCACAUCAACAUUUAAAUUUGUAUGGACUUCAUUGACUGAACAAGCCUUUUUAUUAUUAGUGCACUUGUAAUAGCUGCAGAGAAGCUAAAUUUGUAUUUCAAUCAAAUAAUUUUAUCCUCUUAAAAAAAUGGCCAUAAAAUAACUACUAUUAUCUAUAUUUGUUGUUUAAAAGUGGAAUAAUGUUUAUUACGUAGUCAGAGACCCUGUUAUUUUUUAAAUUUUGUUACAAAAGUAAGCAGUCAUGUUAUUUUUACACCUGACACACACUAUUGAUUUUUUUUUUGUUUACUAGGUAAAUUGGACUCCAAAGAUUAAUAGAGAACAGUUGGUUAAUGGCUUAUUACCUGAUGUGAAGGUACCAACAUCUGUAAAUGAUGUGCACUAUUAUGUAGUUUCAUUCCAUGAUGGGCAUGUAUCUUUGGAAAGUGCAUUCACAAUAAGGUUUGUAUAUUUUCCUCAGUUGUAGUCCUGUUACGAAGUUUGCUCAGUGACUGUUUCUGUUGGUUACAGCAUACAAAAACUUGUUCGCUGUUAUUGGUAACAACUUUUAAGUAUGUAAAUAUCAGUAUACAGUCAAGCAUAUAUUUGACAUUAAGAGCUUCAAAGGCAGUGGACUGCAAAAGCAUAGCCUGCAGAUGCAAUUCCAGUUCUAAAAUAAGUCAUUAUAAUGAUGUUGCUCAUGAUACUCGCACUCUUGAGUGCUGUGAUACAUGGAAUAACCUUAGUGCUGUGUGAAGUAUAUAUACAGAAGAAUCAUAGGAAUACAUGGAAUAUAUUGCUUAAAAUGCACUUUUGCUAAAUAAAUAUUUGAUCUGCACACGUAUAUAUAUAUGAUGUGUGUUUAUAGUUGGGAAAUUAGCUCUAAAGCAUAUAUAGCUGUAAAACAUAAUAAGACAUCUAAGAACCCAGCUAAUGUCAUCUUGUUGGAUAAUAAGGGACAGUGAGGAAGUGUUUAACAUAAGUCUCACCUUGAGGGGAGGGGUGUGACAUGGAGGAAAGAGGCCAGUGAAAUCUGAAGGCUUACUGGCCUGUUUCCUUGAUGCCCAGACAGCCUCCUGUCUUUAAAGUGCUCUGCACUCCUUUCAGGCUCUGCAGCUACAAGUCCACUUCCAGACAAAAGAAAAAGGGAAAAAGAGGGAACUCAGCUAUCAGAGGAAAGUGGAGAUGACAGCAGGCAUAUCUCAGCAUGCAGGGCAUUCUACAAAUGAGCUGCCCACUUCCAUAUUGCUGCAUAGUUAAUCUUCUCAAGCAAGUUGUUAGCAAGAAGUGCUUCCCCUAAUGAGUUUAAUGUUGAAACAGGAGGAGACACACUUUCAACUAAAGUCCUAAGUUACGUAAGGCUUUAUAGGUGUCAUUGCCAGCACAUUGAAUUAAACCCGGUAUCAUAUUGGCAACCAAUUAACUCUCAGGAUCAUGCAAUCUUGAUAGUGCAGAUUGUUAGGUGGCCUAGCCUAUCUGAAGCUUCUAAAACAGCUUCAGGAUCUGCCAUAGUUUAUAGUAAUCCAACUGGAAGAUUACCGGUGCAUGAGUUACUGUGACAAUGCUACUCCUGUCCACAGACUGCCACAGCUAACCAAAUAAAUUCCUUGUCACUGAAGUCACUUGAGCUCCUAGCAACUAUGUUUUAUCUAGGAGCAUCCCCAGACUACGUAGCUGUUCUGUCAAAUGGAAUGCAACUCCAUCUAGAAUCGACCAUUUACAUCUUAAGAACUUGUAUCUUGAAAGAAUUAUAGCAUUUUUUCUGUUUUACUUAGAAGUACACAUCUGUUAAGCUGUCAGUAUUUGUUUCUGUAGACCACUUGCUGAUGAGCCAAAACAUAUUAAAUGCAAAUUAAAAGGAUCUAAUACAAUACAAAUGGGUGAAAAACUACAAGAAGAAAUUGGUAAGUAUUUUACUUUUUUUCUUUUAUUCUGACACAAAUGUAGGUGUGAUGCAGUGGUACCUGUUUAUCUACUUACACUGGUGUGCUUUCAAACUGCUAGGUUGGCAGGAGCUGGAACAGAGCAAUGGGAGCUCAUUACAUCACAGGGAUUCAAACCACUGACCUUCUGAUCAGCACGCCCAAGAGGCUCAGUGGUUUAGACCACAGCGCCACCCGCAUCCUGGCGGGAAGGUAAACGGCGUUUCUGUGCUCUCUGGUUUCUGUCACGGUGUUCUGUUGCACCAGAAGCAGUUUAGUCAUGACCCGGAAAGCUGUCUGUGGACAAAUGCCAGCUCACUCGGCCUGAAAGCGAGAUGAGUGCCGCAGCCCCAUAGUUGCCUUUGACUGGACAUGUGAUGGCAUACUGUGUUCUUGUAGCAAGCUACAUCAAUAUCAUGCUCAGCAAGUGUGACAAGUUGCAGUCUUGUUGCCUCCGUUGCCUUACUCAUUAGUGUCUCAGCAGACAACAGUGUCUCAUGACAUUUUUUAUAUAUUGUGUACAAGUUGCAUUUGUGCAAAAGGCAGUACUUGCUGUUGCUUAUAUAAGAUGACUGAUCCACACUGGUGCAUAUUGUGACUCCGAGUACUCAUUAUCUUGGAUCACAACUUUAAUCUCCUCUGCUGGUCAUCCUGGCUCAGGUGGAACUACUGCCACCUAGUGCUUGGGGCAGAAACUUGUAACCUCAAGGAAAUUUUAACUGGUGAUGUUAUUGGAAGGGUUUUCAGUUUCAAGUUCCUACCUUGUUCAAAGCAGCAGCACUGGAGAUCUCUCCUGCCAUCUGCACUUUAUGCAUUAAGGCCUGCAUUCAGCCUCAUUUCUGGAGAUCCUGGCAUACCUGCCACCAGAUUGGGAUUGGGAUUUGGCACCACCCUAGUGGUUAAUAGGCAACAUUGCAAGCUUUUAAAAGAUUUAAAAAAUCAAAUAGGAAACUGCAGUCUUAACGCCUCCCUGCUCCUUCAGCUUUUUACUUUGCCUCACAGGAAAUAGUUGUUUCUUCCUGAGACUCCUGGUGUUCUUCUUUCAAGCUGGUUAUUUCCUUGCUUCUUCUACUUCUUGAUGAUUUUCUCUGUGUGUUUAGCUUUAUCAUUAGUUCUCCUUCUCAGUGCCCCUUCCCCCACUGUGGUUGUUUCCCACUCAUUUUCCCUGCCUUUUUAGCCUUUAGUUCCCUUAUCUGCAGCCCUACUUAGACUCUGUAUUGCCUUUUUUUGCUGCCUUUAGUCACAGUAUCCUCUGUAUUUCACCCACUCUAAACUUUUGUUAAGUACAGCUAAAGCUUUCCAAACUGAAAGACUCCCAGUUUCCCCAUGUUUAUGGAGAUCAGAACCCGCUGCAAUUAAUGCACAUUCUAGCUGGCUUUACCACUUGUCUUUCCUUUACUGCGUUUAUUUCCGGUGUAUUUAUUCCUGGUGUGUGUGUUUAAAUUGUGAUUUUCUUUGGCAUUACUCUUAUUAUAAUCCUCUGAGAAAUUAAUUAUAAAUUAAUUUACCCCAAAUUAAUCUUCCCCAUAACUUGAUCUUCUAAGGAAUUCAUUGUAAUUUUAUUAUCCCUAAUCAAUUUCCCCAUCAUUCAGUCCUGAGCUAGUAAACCAAUGAAACCCUGUCAGUUAAUUGGAUUCCCUCCCUUUCUUUCCUCUACAAUCAAUUUCAAGUACAAUAAAUGAGACUUUGCUGCUUAGCUCCAUGUAACUUGGCCCAGAGCUUGGCCCACAGGCUGCUGCUUUCCAUAUCAUCCAAAGCUUGGAUAGGAAAAGAGGCAGUGGUGCACUAGUAUAUACAGCCAUGCCCACCAAUUUGCCCACCUACUCUUUCGCCUGCCAUAUUGGGAAUUCCAGACAUGAGUUCUGCUCUGCUUUGUUGUUUGGCCAUUGAUCACGUCAAUUGGUAACCUCAUUUUCGGUGGCCAUAUUGGGAGAUUUGUUUACCAUCUGGCAGCUGUCUUGAGUGGGACAACCUGGACUGGGUUUAAGGAGGAACACUUCUGGUUGCCAUCUUCAGAGCAUUGUUUACUUCCAGUAGCCAUCUUUAGAAUUCUAAAAUAAAAUGGUUUCUAAUUCUUCUGGGUUUUUUUUUCCUUAAAGAGAUAAUGAUUACAGAUCAGCAUGGAAAUCACAUUCAAAACCUGACAUCAACUUGUUUGGAUUCCUUGAAAAUAGACGGUAGUGGUCUGGAUAAAUCAGAAUUGAGAAGUGUUUGGCAGGUAUUUCUUAACACCAUGUUAUGUAGGAUUUGCAUCAGUGAAAUUCAUCUUAUUUGGGGGGAGGGAACUUGUGCCUCUAUCCCUGACACAGCUUAAUAACAUUCAUAAAACUGAUAAGAGGCAAAGGGGAGUUACUACUUUCAAGCUUGUAAAGAUUCUUCAAAUGAUUUACCUCUAUUUACUUCUGUUUUCAUGGCAAGUAAAUAGUCACCUUUGUGGUGCUAUUAUUCUUGCUAGUUGGGUCUUUAUCCAGAACUCAAAUAGUACAAAGCUUUCAUAAACUUUCUGGAAUGUUGUUACCUUGAGUUGAAUUCAUUUACUGUUUUCUCAACUCAUACUGGUUGACAUGGGAUAUAUCUAACUAAGGAUAAAGAUGGAUCCACUUUGAUUUAUUAUGCCAAUUAAGUCUACCAUAUAUUAUGUUGCAGCAUAAUAUAGAUUCUUCACAUAAUAUAGAAAGUGUGCAGACUCCUAGAGAGACAAUCACAGCCGCACCCAGGUCAAUCCUCUGCGGGCUACACUGAGUUGAGCUGUGGUUUGGCUUUGCAUGUCUGUUGAAUCCAGGCUCUCCAGACUAAACAUGUGCAGCAACCAAGGUUCUAUGUCUUAGGGCUCAUGGUUUGGGUGGGAUAGCUAAGCCAGAAGCCCAGGUUCAAACAACAUGCUCAGUCAGAGUGUGGGAGCCUGCACACUCACAUGUAUGCUGCCUCCUUUUCAUCCCCAUUAUGCUGCACAGUGGAGCUCUUCUGGAUAGUGCAGGGCCUUUUCCUGUCUGGCCUGAAGGAGGUAGCAGAACUGAUGGUAGUUUGCUGUAACUUGUUUGGAAAGCUUUUUGAGGGUAAAAUUGCUUGCAUCCACCUUUACUCAGCUGUUACAGCAGAUGCAUCUCAAGGGGUGUCCAGAACACUGUCUAGUCCUGCUGUGUUGGAUGAGUGUCAGUUGGUAAGGCUUGAGCAGGUGGACAAGGUGUUUAAAUUGCAGAGUUGUAAGAGCAGAAAAUAAUCAAAACCCCAUAUGCCAUAAAUAGAAGCAUGUCUAUCAUUCCACUUUUAUAAUCAAAUAACUUUAUGAGAUCCUAUUGGUUUUUUAAAUGUUGUUAUGUGUUUCUUUAUAGGCAGAUACACAAACUAUUUGUGUCACAGGAAUCAGGUUUAAACCAGGUCCUCCUGGAACCAAAGAACUGUGUUUUGCUUGGCGUGAAUUUUCUCAUUUCUUGAGACUAAAUUUAAUUGCAGGACCUCCAGCUAAAUUGGUGCUUGUGGACUGGACAGAGUUAGAAAACGUAAGUCUGCAUCAUGUAAUACCAGCAAUAGUCUCCAUACCUCUGGGAAAUAGAGAGAGGAGAGGCAUGAACAUAACGUUACAGCGUUUUGCUGAUAUUAAAUACUUCUGAAACUUUAACAUGGUCUCUGGUGUGAAAGGAGACAUUGAAACAAAAAGAGUAACUUGUAUGAAAAUAACAUUUCUGACUGGAGUUUCUCAUAAUUGGCUCUUCUUCAUAAGUGAGCGAUUGAUGAAAUGGCUUCUGAUCACUGUAUGUUUUGCAGCUAAAUUGCAUUACACACCUAAAAUGUCUCAUUCCUUAUAUACCAAACCAAUCACUGCAGCUUGCAGGAGGGGGCAUCCUUCAGAUACCAUCUUAAUAGAAGCGUACAUUUCACACAAUGUGAUAAUUGGGCCUUUAGUGGGGCAGCACUUACCUCUUGAAAUUCCAUCCCGUUACAUAUUAGACAGGCAUCUGUUGAAGAUUUUAACAAUCCUCCUGGGUAGAGAUUUUUUAUUCCUGCUGGAUUCUGUAUUGCAUUUGAAAUGUUUUACACACACACACAUUUUUGAAAUACUUUUAUAUAUUAAUCUAUUCUAUAUGUAUGUUUUUACUGUAUUGUUAAAUCACUUUGAAAUGCUUCAUAAAUAAAAUAAAUAAAUAAUACUACAGGUUUAAAUAGCAAUAAUUUUUGAACUGCUUCUAGCCUGUGUCAGUGAUUAAUGGCAAAGAAUUACAGAAGCCACUUAUAGUCCAGCUGUGUGAUCAGUGGAAUAACCCAUCUUCUGAACCUGAUGUCAAAAUCAACCUUUUAAAGGCUGGGAACUUAAAGGUAAUUGCCUUUGAAUUCAUACAUCUCACUGGAAUAUAUCAUUGUGCAAGACAUCCAGAAUACAGAAUGUUGUUAAAAUGCAUUCAUCUGCAUAGUGUCAGCACUUUAUAUGAGGACAAGUCCUUACCUCAGGGAUCUUACAGUCUAAAAUGUGACAUAGAGGAGAUAUCCAGAGGCACUGAAAAAUAGGGUAAGAAUGUAGUAAUUGUUGCAUUAGAUAUUUAUUCUUAAUUACAAUAGGGUAUAGGAACUCGGUCUUGUGCUAAAAGCCCUGUGGAAAAGGUGGGUCUUUGGAGGAAGUGAGCAAGAAGUGCGUAUUUAUAAAAUACACCUCAUUUCUUUAAAUGCUUAGAUUCCUAGCAUAUGUGAUUGGACAAUACGUUUAAAAACACAUAAUAUAUUUGGAUAGAUAGAUAACAAUUUGAAAAUUAUCAUUUUAUACCGUUUUAGGGAUUGAAAUAAAACCCUUAGUGUAUUGCUCUAUGCCAGAUAAUCUUGGGAAUUGAGUGACUACAAGCUGGCUGCUAGGUUAUUCAAUCUACAAAAAAGAGACAUGUAGUUGACAGUCCAUUGGCCAUUUCUGACCCACCAGUUGUCUGUCUGAUGAUUACAACUUCUCUUUAGCUGGAGCCACACACCAGUCUGACUCCAGGAAAAAGAGAGUAAUAGCUAGAAAUAUAGGGGUUUGUUGCUUAAUGAUUCUUUUAAGUUUCCCGUGGUAAAUAGCAUUGUAACAUAGAAGUGGCAUCCCUAAUCCUUAAGUGUUUGCUAUAUGCUGGGAGGGUAAAGCAUCUUAACUAUGGAAAUACAUGGAAAACUGAAAUAGAAAAUUUGCUGAUUUGUAAUAGUUAAAUCAUUAUCGGUGCUUCUUAGUCAUUCAUUAAUGGGGAGAAAAUCAAUUUUCUUGUCAGAUUAUUCCUUCAAACCAGCAGCAUAAAACAGAUGAAAAUGGCAGAGCAAAUUUCGGAGUUCUUAGAAUUCAUGCUCCUUGGUAAGUGAUUGAAAACUCUUACAUUCAUCAGAAAAUGUUUGGAAUCGUUUCCAGGCCCAAUUCAGAGCGUUGGUUUUCUCCCCAUAUGAACCACCCCAGACCCUCCGAUUAUCAUCAGAGGCCCUGCUUCAUGGGGCCCUUCUCCACAAGAGAUCUGAAGGGUGGCAACAUGAGAAUGGGCCUUUUCUGUGGUGACCCCAUUUGUGGAAUGCUGUCCCAAGGGAGGCUUGCCUGGCACCUUCAUUACAUAUCAUUAGGCACCAGGCAAAAAUGUUCCUCUUCAACCACACCUUUGGCUGUUAGUCAAUCUAUGACCUUUUAAAUGUGUGAUGGAGGGGGUGUUAUUGUUUCUUUGCUAUUUUGUCAUGUGUUUCUUUGUUGAAACCUGCCUUGGGAUCUUCGCCUAAAGGGAGGUAAAGGUAAAGGGACCCCUGACAGUUAGGUCCAGUCACUUACAACUCUGGGGUUGCGGCGCUCAUCUUGCUUUAUAGGCCGAGGGAGCCGGCGUACAGCUUCCGGGUCAUGUGGCCAGCAUGACUAAGCCACUUCUGGCGAACCAAAGCAGCACACGGAAACACUGUUUACCUUCCUGCUGGAGCGGUACCUAUUUAUCUACUUGCACUUUGAUGUGCUUUCGAACUGCUAGGUUGGCAGGAGCAGGGACCAAGCAACGGGAGCUCACCCUGUCGCGGGGAUUCGAACCGCCGACCUUCCGAUCAGCGAGCCCUAGGCUCUGUGGUUUAGACCACAGUGCCACCCGCGUCCCUUUAAAGGGAGGUACAUAAAUUUAAUAAAUUAUUAUUAUUAUAAAAAUCAUAUACCCUUAAAAGCCUGAAAGAACAGGGUGGACUUGCCUGAUCCUUCUCACUAUUCUAAUAAGUAGCAGCAACAGCUCUGCAGCUCUGCUCCACCUUGCGAGCCAUUCCUAAAAAAAAAGUUAAAGGCGAUGCAGCACGGCUUGUGAGGAAAAACUGAAGAUUUGUGCACCUCAGAUAUGCUUCCCAGCAGUCGCCAGUCUAACCUUGAAGGCACCCAGAAAAGGGCGUCUAGUGAAAAUUUUAAUUAACAGGAAGGUUAAUAAAAAAAAAAUUAUUUCAAAUGCCUCAAGUCUCAAGCCAUAAUGCAUGUAUAGCUAUUGGUUCCAGUUAAAAGUGUGAUGAUUGCAUUCUGCACCAGUUGCAGUUUUCAGAUGUCUUCAAGUGCCUCUUCACUCUCCAUGAGGAAAUAGCCUUCUCCUACUAUCAUUGGAGGCACAGGUGCCCUUGGCAACUAAGAGUCCCUUUCACCAGCUUUGGCUGGUAAGGUUGGUGUGGCUGUUUCUGAAUUACUGCAGUGUGCUCUGUGUGGGGCUACCCUUGAGGCCUACUAUGUUAUUUAUUAAAUUUCUGUAUCUCCCUUCAUCUGAAAAUCACAGAGCAAUGUAUAAUAUAAAAACACAAAAAUACAUACCAUAAUACAAACAAAAAACAAUACCCCCCAAACACACAGUUUAAAAGGCCAUAGUUUAUUUAAUUAGCCAACGGCCUAGGAGAAAAUAAUGUUUUUGCCUGGCACAUAAAGAUACAUAACGAGGGUGCUAUUAUCUGAAUUGAGUUUCAGAUAUUUUCCCCUCUUAAAACCCAUUACUGACUCUAGGCACUUGUUCAAAAUGUACAUGGCUACACCUAGAUCCAAUGAAAAUGAAAAGUGUAAUCCACAUAUUUAUAGCAUUCAGUUCUAAAACUGUGAACAACCUCUCCCAUUGGCUUCAUACAGAUGUAAUGGAAAAUCUAUACUUUUUUUUUUAGGUUUGUUGAAACUUUUUGGACAAAGAGGUAUAUUGGAGUUUAACCACGAUUUUAUUUUGCAGGGGAGAGCAUACAUUGCAAUUUAAAGCUACAUACAACAAGAACACACUAAACUGUCCAGUAAUCAGAUUAAAUGUUCAGCCUGACCCCGAGAGACCUGUACGUUUGAAUGUCAAGUAUGACACGAAUGCUACCCUUGUAGCUGGAAACACCUUUCCUGGUGAGUUUUUGUUUGUGACAUUUUAAUCUAACCAUAUGUAAGGUCUUCACCAUUUUUAGUUUUGUAACCAUAGCUAUAUAUAGCUUGGUAAAGUAUAACAUUCAUGUAUAAAAUGGGUUUAGAACUCAGUUUGUGAAGACCUGUCUACAAAUUCAGCAUGGCCCUUGCCUAAGUUGCUGUGAUGUUGCAUUUUCAUAAUUAUUUAAUUGCUGAAGCAUUUAUGUGGGGCAGUAAGAUCAAUGGUUUAUAGCAGUCGUUAGUAACAUCUCUGGUAUGUAGCAGUUAAUCAUUUUCAGGAAAUGGAUCUAAGCGUCUUGCAGGUUUCCACUUGCAUGCCUGUCUUGGAAAGAGCUGGAAUUCAGUGGUAGAGUACAUGCAUUGCAUGCAGAAUGUUCAGCCCCUGGCUCCUCUAAGUUUUGCUGAGAAAGACAGCUGUCUGGAAUCUGAGCCUCUGUCAGUCAGUGUAAGACAGUACUGAGCUAGAUGGAACCAGUGGUCUGGCUCGGUAUAAGAUAGCUUCCUAAUAUUUCAGAACAUUUUAAUUUUGAAAUGUAAAACAGAACUUUAGCAAGAAAGAUUCAUAUGCUUUUUUCUCCCCACAGAUUUCAUUAUUAGUGUUAUUUCUGAAGCUGAUAACAUUAUUAAAAAUAUAAGCCCAGGAAUAAUUUAUAUGAAAAUGUGGGAAGGUAGUAGAACUGUACCACAAAAUGUAAGUAAAAUUCUCUACCUUUUAACUACUGAGCCAGGCUCAAGGUCUUGCUGUUGACAUUUAAAGCCCCAAGCAACUUUCAAAGACUUGAUAUGAUUACCCAAGCUUUCCUGGAUUCCUAAUUUUAAAAUCCACCUUUCAUACACUGCUCAUUUUAAUCUAUCUAUACAUAUUAUUAUGUUUUUACUUUAUUAUUUAAAAGUCAUUUGAAUAAUGUUGCAUUUUUACAUUGUUAUUGAUUUUAAAAAUCUGAUUAUAUAUUAUGUAAACGGCUUAGUUUUUUAAUAGAUAUAUAGUGCAUAUUUUAUAAAUAACUUAAUAUAUGAAAGAAUAGAACAAAUGGCUUACACAAGCGCCACAUUGGUGCUGUUUUAAAUAGUUAUACAUGGCAGCUAUUUAAACUCAGCAUAUGGGGAUUGGAUAUCUCCCCUAUGUCACUGAAGAUAUUUAAGAAUCAAAGCAUAUGGUAAUGCGGUGAACCAUUCCACUUGAAUUGAUCUUCCAUGUAUUAUUAACCACAUAAUGGUAGCAAUUCUAUGCUGCUCCAGCAUGGCAACCAUAUCAUGUCAGCCAGUCUUGUUGUUUGGAGGGCUUAAGGUGAACUUCUAUUCCUUUUGUUAGGCUGUGGGGUUUAAUCCAGAGUGGUGUUAAGUAGCAAGUCCUGUCGAUGCAAGGAUUUCAGCUUGCAUGACAGAACUUCCUCAGGGCAGGGUAGAUUUGGAGAGGGCACAGACCACAUGCAGGGCAAGUAAAGGCGACCCAUUGUACAAGCUGAAAUCCCUGUGCUGAUGGGAUGUAUCAAUUUGAAUACCACCUAUGUUCUACUGAAAGCCUGUUUUUGAUAGUAAAAGGACCAAAUGGCAGAAAUAAAUGAAUUUCGUAGUACAGUAGAAGGAGAGUGAAGGAUUGAGGAAACUCGCACAAUAACAUAUUUACUUAGUUAAUGAAGUGCCUUUCUUUAAAGCACAGUUCUAUUUAUUCUGCUUGUCUACUUCAUAUUUAACAAAGUUAUCUUUAAAAUUAUACAUAUAUGAUACCUUGUAAUUUCUUUUUAAGGUUACAAAGUAUGUCUGUACCAAAACAAAUGAGGACGACAGUAGCUUUUUUUACUUCAGGUAAAUAAAUUUGGUAGGGCUCUAAAUGGUUUUGUCAUAGCUUAGAAGAAGCAAAAUGUCAAAGGUUAAUACUUUAGUUACUUUAUCACUGAAGGCAGUGUAGUAGCUGUGUAGAAAUAAUCUUUUAAAAUGUGUUUACUGGGACAGGAUUUGUUCUAUAUACAGUGUAAAAAUUUCCUGCGUAUUUGGGGUUAUGUAAACAGUGACAUUUUAACUACAGUGGUACCUCGAGUUACAAUUGUCUCAGGUUACAAACGCUUCAGGUUACAAACUCCACUAAACCUGGAAGAGUUACCUUGAGUUAAGAACUUUGCCCCAGGAUGAGAACGGAAAUCGUGUGCCGGCAGCGCAGUGGCAGCAAGAGGCCCCAUUAGCGAAAGCACACCUCUAGUUAAGAACAGUUUCAGGUUAAGAAUGGACCUCCAGAAUGAAUUAAGUUUGUAACUAGAGGUACCACUGUACUAAGUAUCCAUUGGUGGCUGGCAGUUGUCACUUAACUAGUUGCAUAAGACUGGUCUGGGAAAAGCUGGGGAUUUUUAAACUGAGUUAGAUUGCAAAAUUUCACUUCUGAUUGGCUUGCUGGAUAGAAAUUCUUUGUUACUCAUUGGGUAGGGCAAGUGUUCUGAUGGGGGUGUAGAAUUUUGAGCCACUCAAAUCUAAUUGGUUGAAGGGUGGGCUGGCUAGAACAUAAGUAGGCUAAUUUUGACUGUCCAGGGAAAAAGCAUAACUGUCUGAGGCUGCUGGCCAGAAGAGGAAAGGAAGAAGGAAGUCUGGAGUUGAAGCAGGUGGAAGCCAGGCAAGAGGUUUGGAAAUACAGUCUUCCCCCAAAAGAGCUAAAUUACUAAAUUAAGUCAAAGAUUGAAAGAAAGGCCAUCAAAGGCCAGUAAGCAGGAGUGGAGCAAGGAGCUACUGGAGCCAACCAGAGAGAGAACUGCCUGAAAGCCUGGCUUAGAGAAAACCAGCAGAAGUCCUCUAUACCUGAUGGUGAAACUGACUGAUAUGGGGAGAAAUGACUAAAUAUAAUUGGUAUAUGAGUUUGAUAGGUAAAGGAACUAAGUUUUUACAAGCCAGUCUUAUGUAAGCUUCUGUAUUAGCAAGUAACUGCCAUUUAUAGUAAGAGAAACCCUAUAAAAGCAAAUAUAAGCCUUAAAGAAACGGUAACCAAUUUAAGUAUAGUAUUCGCCUUCAAUCAGUCUCUUUAUUCUGUGAACCGCCCUGUACCUGAGGGUCUCAAGGCAGUUCACAGAAUAUAAAUUCAAUAUUAAUAAUUUAUUGUUAUAGUCAGAAUUUACCUUGUUUUUCUUUAUAGUUAAUAAUAAAGGACAACAAAGUGAAUCUACUGGUUUGUACCUUGUCUAAAGUAACACAGCUACUGUGUUAUAAAUUAAGGUUUUUGUAAAUGUCAUAGUAAAGAUAUAGGGGGGCAACAGCUACAAGAUUUGAAAUAUAAGCACAAAGGUGGGAAUAAAUUAGGAACCCCUUCACACCACCAGCGAAUAAGCAGUUGUAAAUAGAAGCUGGUUUUCCACAUGUAAAGUGGGGCGGCUCUCCACAGUAGCAGAUACCUUACUAAGCUAAUGAUUAUUUGAAUUUUUUUACUGCACUGUUUAGUUUUCAAAAUAGAAAGAACAAAAUAAGGGCUAACAAAAUAUUGCAAAGAGGUUGAAGCCGAAUGCAACCAGAAUGAGGUUGUGUUGAUAAAAAAUGUCAAAUCCAGAAUAUAGGGAUUCUUUCAACUUAGCUCUCUGCUGAAUGCCUGUGUUAAGCAUAUCACUAAUCCAGAAUGUUUGCUUACAAGGUAGAGUUUGAUUUAAAGGAGACCAAUUAAGUUGUUGGAGAAAAAGCUGAGGGGGUUGUAGGCGUUUAACUAAGAUAAUAAUUUUUGUUGCAGCAUAUGACAAGGCAACUAUAUUUAUAGUCUGUAUUUAUAGUCUUCAAAUACAGUGGUACCUCUGGUUGUGAACAGGAUCCAUUCCAGAGGCCCGUUCGCAACAUGAAAAGAACGCAGCCCACAGCGGCACGUCUGCGCAUGCACGGGUUGCGAUUUGCUGCUUCUGCGCAUGCGUGUGACGUCAUUUUGCACCUCUGCACAGACGUGCGCAUUUUGCACGUCUGCGGCGAAACCCGGAAGUAUCCCUUUCCAGUACUUCCGGGUGGCCGUGGGACGUAACCUGAAAGAACGUAACAUGAAGUGGACGUAACAUGAGGUAUGACUGUAUAGGAAUUAAUUAUUUGCAUAUUAGUAAUUAGAAUAAGAUAUAUGAGGGGGAAAUAUAUUACUUAGAAGAAACUUUGGGUUAGAUUCAGAGGUGUCUUUCCUUCAACAAGAUCUACUUGCAUUGAAAGAAUGAAACAUUUGGUUCAGCUCAUAAAAUGUAUCCUCAUUUAAUAGAGAGGUGGAUAUGUGUUAGAAAAUAUAGAUAUUGAAAGUUUUACUUUGUUACUAAAAUCCCGAUAUUUGCAAUUUAGGCAAAAAAUGGUUCCAGAGAAAGUGGGCACCUACAGCAUCCAGUUUGCAUUUGCCAUUGACAAAAUAAACAUUCUUAACAGCGAACAGGUUUGUUUUUGAAAUAACAGUUAUAAAAUAAAAUGCUGUAAUUUGCUGUAGACAUUUUUCUUAUUUUGUCUCAUAAGAUUUGAAUGAGUUACAAGCUAAAAACAGUUGGUGAAACAAACAUUUUUAGCAGGUGACAAAAUAUCAGAAGUCUGGGUACUUGUCUGUUUUCAAAGGAGCAGAGUCUUCCAAAGAGCUAGUGCUAUUCCUAAGUCUAUUCAUAAGGAAUUCAUCUAUCUACUUAAAAUGAUAGUCCCUGAAUAACCACUCAUAUGUAGACAAAUUCGACAGAACUUAAAGGGACUUUUUUUUUCUGCCCACCCCCCAAUUUCCUGCUCAAAUAUAUACACACGGAGAUCCCUCUUUCUCCAUUUGGAGGUACCCAGAAAGAAACAGUCUAAACACUGCUGCCACCCAGAAAUCAUGCUGUCAUGCAAGAGACCCCAAGGGUCAUCUAGUUCAACGCCCUGCAGUUCAGGAAUCCUGUCCACAGCCAUCCCUGGGUGGACCCGAACCACCAACCUUCUGGUUAACAGCCAGACACACUGACCCGUAGCACCACCUGAGACGGAUGCCGACAAUAGAAGAAUCGCUCCACUUUUCCAUUUUUAAAACUUGCUCUCUGGCACUACUGUUUUCUCUGUUGCUGGAUUUACUAGAUUGAUGCUGCUUUUAAUUUGCUUUUGCUUUCCAUGUUGUACUUUAUAUUUUGGGGGGUUUAAAAAAAAGCACCACCUAGAGAACUAUCUAUAAUGGGCAUUCUAUAGUGGAAUUCUCCCAUACAUAAGCUCAGUGUCUGUGCUUGACUAGAUCAAACUCAAUUUUUUCAAUGAAUAAGGCAAGUCCUGAUUCAAAAGUACCUGGCCUUCCUCUGGCCUUCCUCUGUAUGUUUUUGCUCUACCACUGUCAUAUGGAACAGUGGUGGAGAAGAGAGUAGUACAGCAUUUUAGGAAAUACUUGCGAAAACAGCAGCUACUUCUUUUCCACUAUUCUUUGUUGUGCAGUUCAUGUAAAGGUCCACAGGGAUCGGCUAAUUAGUAGCAUUAAUACUUUCUCGAAUGCAUUAUAUAAAGCUGCAGUGAAUAAGCACAAAUCCAGAAAUAGAUGUAGUUUGGCCCAACUCAUACAAGUUUUGAAGUGUGAUUUCCAUUUUUGUGUAGUCGGGGCCUUCAGUGAUAGCAGUGUGGGAACUAUCCAGUGGCUGUCAGUUGCAGUUGUUAAAACUACAGCAUUGGGCCCAGCUGUAUGGAAGCAAAACACACAAGAAGAAUACAUAUGAAUUGGACACUUAGUAUUCUACAAUUAAGGUUGUUUCUAUUCUUGAUUUGCCUUAAAAGGCAUUCUUCAGUACUUGUUGACCGCCUUUAAGACUGUGAACUGAGUAUUGUGAUUAUCUUUUCCUCAGAUUGUUUUUGAAGUGGAGCCUAAUGAACCAACACAGCUGAUGCCAAGAAUUUUGCCAAAUACUCCUACCGUUUCUAAUGCUCAGAGUGUUGGCAGUCGGACCCUUGUCAAAGACUUGACUCUCGUUAUUAUGGUAAUUAAGUAGGAUUGUAUGUAAUAAAAUGACUUAAAAUGGAAUGGAUUUCACUUUUUAAGAAAGGUAUAUUGAAGCUGGAUAAAAUAGACAUUGGUUCUCUUAUUUCCUGCUUUACAAUCAAUAUUUUGAAAAAAGUGGAUUUUAAAUUCCAUCUGAUUGUUUGGCCAUAUAGCUAUAGAGAGAGGCUUAAAGGGCCUCAGCUGGUCCCUGGGCCUGAGGGCCACCCCACAUGUAAACAGUUAACUUGUAUUUUAUUUAUCAUUUCCAUUAAGGUUGGCAGCCCAUUACUUGUAUUUUGUUUUAGGAAAAACCUUAAAUUUUAUCCUGGGUUAUUCCAGCAAUUGCUCUUUAUAAGAUUCUGUCUAAUUAAAUUGUAAGGUGGAAGUUUAGUCUUCUGGGCUUUAGUCUUCAUGAUUAGGCAAUAUAAAAAAGCAUUUAUAAAAAAGCAUUUCACAAUAUAAAAAAGCAUUUCAAAGUCCCACUUCACUCUCCCCAGGUGUUUUUUUUUCUUUUGAAAAGAUCUUGGGUGGUUUUCAACUAAGUUUUACCCGGAGUAGAGCCAUUAAAAUUAAUGAACAUGACUUAGUUAGGUUUAUUCAUUUACCUUGUGGGAUACUAGGGCCAAUGGUUUGGGCUGUUCCUCAGCACGUGAUCUCAGGCAGGAGUGAUUUGAUUGAUUUCAGUGGGUCUACUUUGAGUAAAACUAAGUUGAAAUGCCCAACUGCAUUUUGAGCUCAGGACAGUGCAGUUUGCAGGAAAUGGGGCUGUAAACUUCCAAAGCUUUCUGGAAACAAAAAGGGCACACAAACAAAAUAUGUGCACAUACUCCAACCUCAAAAUACAUGUUAUGGGCAGGGUACACAACUCUAAUAUCUUCUUAAUUUUAAGGAUGAAUAUAAAAACUGCACUGGCAAUGACUUGGAUGGGAAAAUCAUAGCUAAAAUUCGAAGUUCAACUGAUAAAGUUAAGGACAUCCCCCUGUUUCAGGGUAAAACAGAUACAGUUGAGUUUCCAUUUCACAGAGGAAUUGUUGAAAUUGAGGUGAGUCUUCUAAACAUAAUUGUAAUGUAAGUUUAGAGGUAAUAUUCCUAAAACCGAAAGCAGCCAUGUAUUCUCUUGCACGUGUCACUUUUCCUUACAUUUUUCAUUUAGUUUUUCCUGUGUUUUAAGAAACUUUAGAUACUAAUGGGCAUGAUCCAUAGAAAAUAAGUAAAUUUAUAGCACAGUCCUAUAUAUAUAUGUACCAAAAUUCUUGCAGAGUUCAACAGUGCCUACUCCCAGGAAAAGGUUAUAGGAUGGCAGGUUUAAGUCCUGUUUAUUACAUUCGAAGAAUUAAACCUAUAAAGCUUAUUGAAACCAAUGGUUUCUUUCAAUCAUGUUCAGUAUUUACAAACUGGCACCCAUUAUAUUUUAGUGCUUAUUGAUGAGAAGUGAUUCUUUUUUUCCUUAUGGCAAGCUCUGAUCCCUUGGGAUCUACUGUCUGCUUCCAUGGUAAUAGCGUAACUUUAACUCCACAUUGGGAGUUGAAUGUUUUGUUUUACUACGUAUUAUUCAUUUCGGUUCUCUCCAUGCUGCCUUUUGUACUAUUUUUAAGUAUAGAAUAAUGAAUAAAAGCUUACCAAGAGAGCAUACAAGGUAUAGAUAUAUUUCUAAAUUGAAGCUGCAUUUUAUAUCUUAUGUUACAAGGUAAGCUAGAUCAAUGGUACAUAUAACCUUUUAACCUUGAAAAAAUACUUUUUGCUAAAAAUGUUCUGUUAGUAUAUGUCAGAAUUAAUAUGGAAUGAAAGUAUAGCUAAUUUUUGCACAAAUAUUUUUAUAUACAGCAAUCUGAAAUCAAUGAUAAAAAUAUAUGUCUGUUUUUCUUCAGGAUCUUGUGCUGGCAGAAAAUAGUCCAGGGAGAGAUAGUACUGAAUAUAUUCUUGUAUUUGAGCCAGAUAUACCCAUUUUGAAUCGACGUUUGGAACCUUAUUGUCUCCCUUUUAUGUUUUAUGAUGGUGAGUUUCAAAUGUUUCUAAUUUUUACUUUCUAAAAUGUAAUGUGUAUUUUCUAUAAAUCUUUAAAUCUUUUUUUCUUGCAUUCUUUCAGUUAUCAGUGCAACAUUUCAUUUUGUACUUGGUCUUUUCCCAAAGUACCCACAAAGUAGAAUGGAUUAAAUGGCAAUUUUUUUUUGUUUAGGUUAUAAGAAACAACAGCAGAUGGCCACUCUUUCAAAAGAGAGAGACGAGCUUUCUAAGUCAAUAACUGUAUACAGAGAUACGUUUGACACCACUAAUCAGCUUCUAACUGAAAUGAAGCGUAAGUAACAUACAAAUACUGUUUUCAUUUGAAUGUAUUUUUCAUUGUUACAGACCAAGAGUUGCUAGCCUUUAGCACUUCAGUUGUUGCUGAAUUACAACUCCAGUCAGUCCCUGCUAGCUUUACCAAUGGUGAGGGAUGAUAAGAAUUAUAGUUUAGCAGCAUCUGCAGGGCCACAGAUUAGUAAAGUUGUCAUGUAUUUUUAUAUGUGCUACUCCUUUUCAAUAGUGCUUAAGUAUAGUUUUGGAUUGUGCAAAUUAGAAUAGGUCCAGAUAUCAAGCCUUUUUGAAUACAUCUCUUGUUUUCUCAUCCGUCAUCUAAUGUCGCAAUGACAUCAGGUGGUUGACAUUGUCACAGGUGAGGGGAGAUUGUCAGGUGUGUUGUGAUGCACGGCACAACAGGGCUGAGCUAGCUUUGCAAGCUCUGUACUUGGUGUUUAGGAAACAAUGAGCACAGGAUUUGGACUGAGCUAUGAUGUACUGGUUCACAAUAUACAGCCACUCCCUGUGAGUAAGUUCUUCAUCCAGCUAUUUGGUGUGAAUUGAGCUGUACACAUAGAUCUCAUUUGCACAUUACCUUUAAUCACAGUUGAAAUAAACUAUGCUUUAAUGUGAAUGAGCAGAAUGCUGGUGCACAACCCUACUGAGAUCACAGAUGCUUUGCACCUGCCCUGCUCCUGUUGCAGCCAUGCUACCAGAAACAAGCCACAUCUGGUCUGCUUGUUGUCAAAAUCUAGACUCAUGGGCUCUUUGUCUUCUUGACUUCCUCUUGUGAUUUGUUUGGAGAGAAAGGAACUAUGAGUCCUGGUUCAGAUGACAACAUGAACCAGACCAUGGCCUAUUUCCUGGUAACACAGUAGGAAUAAGGCAGGAGCAAACAGUCCCCAAUUUCAGCAUCCUGCACCAACCAGCAUGCUACUUCUUCACAUUAAACCAAGAGUGACUUUAGGUAUGUGGUACGUGGACCAGACCAUAGUGUGCUGAGAGCUGAUUUUGUGACUGCAGCCAAUGAUAAGAGAACACAGCUGCAAUCAUGGAGAUCAUUCUGAUUGCUCGCUGUAUGUACUGCUGAUCUUUCUUUCUGUGGCCACGUAUUCUUGUGUAGACAUUCAGAAGAGUGAUUUGACCCCAGAAUCAUUUGAUAAUUCUUAGCUGAGUGCGUAAGCUAUCACCACUGAAAGUAUUAAGCUUGAGAUGGUAUCAGACAUUUGUCUGUGCUUGCUCUGAUUCUAUUAUUAUUAUUAUUAUUAUUAUUAUUAUUAUUAUUUUGCACGUGUGAAUCAACAGUUGAUGUUAAUUCGGUGGACGAUGAGACGAAUGGCGUGGGUGGUUCCUCACCACAUGACAGCAUUAAGCAUGCUGUGUGAACUUAACCUCAGACCAGCCUUAACUAAUUUUUACUACUUCAACACAUUGUUUCAGGUCAAGUUCAGGAGGCUGAAACAAGAGAGGCCCAACUGAAGGAUAAACUGAAAAGACUUCGGAUUGAUAUACCUCAGACUAACGUUGUAUGGCCUUUUUCAUUUUCUUUCAUUUUUAUCCAUCAAGAUAUCUAACAAAAUCCUAGUGAGGACAAGUAGAGUAUGACUUCAGGAAAGGCUUACACAAAAGUAUCUAUAGCAUACAGUUCUUAGCCUCAUGCCUAGAUAGAUGACCCGACAAAUUUCUCGCAAGGUUUAGAUAGAAGCAAGACUUACAGUUUCGUUAAUACUUUUGUUUCCACUUAAGGUUUCUUUUUCUCAAGAUUGUCACAGCCAUUGUUAAAACUUUUCCCAGCCCCCAUUUUGAGUCUUCUCCUGUCCUUAUCAAGCAUAUAAAGGGGCAACAUGGUCUCUCACUCACUGACGCCCAUUUUAUUACAAUCUGCCAAUCGUAUGGAACUAUCUUUAAAUUGUAUCUUCAUGGUGACUACUUGGUAUGGCUCUCUGUUUUAUCUAGUGACUCACCUUUGGGAUUCGGGUAUCAGUUCAUGUCACCACCAGUGCUAUUUUCUAGAAAAAGAAGUUCCAGAACUCACCAUGAAUGCCUCCCUUGUUCUAUUAUAAUGGCAAUGGCCCCACCUGAGAGGUGCUGGAACUGAGUUCCAACAAAUUCCAGCUGGGGAAAAAACCCUAGUCACUACUAAUUGUAAGACUGUUUUGUGAGAACAUGGAGACACAGUGCAUUUCAGGAACUGAGCCAUGCUGAAUCUCACCACAUGAAGAAACUACAACCCAGGUGCAAUUUCAGGUGACCUCACAUAAAGUGAUCCUGAAUUUGUGAGAGAGCACACACUCAUUGUUCAGGAAAAGUAGAAUGUAAGUUGCCUGUCUUAAGAGCCCAUUAGUUAGCAGUCUGCCAGCUGAUAGCCAAGUAACUUUCAGAUUCUGCUAUUUGGUUCAAAUGAGCAGUGUUUUGAAGCAAAGCUUCUAAUCUGCAUCUACAGUGUAAUCUUGUGCUCAGAAGUCAGUUCCAUUGACUUCAGGUAGGUAGCCGUGUUGGUCUGCCAUAGUCGAAACAAAAUUUAAAAAAUCCUUCCAGUAGCACCUUAGAGACCAACUAAGUUUGUUAUUGGUAUGAACUUUCGUGUGCAGGCACACUUCUUCAGAUACCAUUCACUACAGUUUGGCCUACUCACAUGUAAGUGUGCAUAAAGUUGCAAUGUCAAACUAUUGUCAGUUGGAUACAGCUUUUUACAUCAAGCACAGAAAAAUCCUAACUUUAUUUUGAGAUGUUUAAGAGUGAUAAAUUCACUUUCUUACUUAAAAUUCUAAUCAGAAAACGAAUAGGUUAUAUCCAAUUGGUGCACCUUCGCUGAUCCAGGUGAAUCUUCUGUCAUUGGCACAUUGAUCAAGGGGACUUUAGGGAGGAGAGGAAAUUGCUGAAGAUCACAUUUAUGUCUGUUCUUUGACAGAAGGCUUUGCUUAAAUCAAAGAGCUAUCUGUGAGUGGAGGGAUACCAGCUAGAUACAAUGCAAAGUACUGUAUUUACUCGAAUGUAAUGUGCCAUCAGUUCUAAUGUGGACCUCAAUUUUCAAAACCUUGAAACCAAAAAAGUAUUUGCUGGUGAAUGUAAAUGCGCCAUCAAAUCCAAUGUGCACCCUAAUUGUGAUUCGAGGACCCGCCACCUGCGUGAGGAUAAGAAAGACACAUAGAGACAGUAUAUUAGGUUAAUGGGCUAAAAAAGGCCACAACUUUAUUGAUUACAGCAUGUGACCAAGUGGCUGGUGCCAAUUUUUCAAUUGGAUAAAAACUCCUACCAGGCCCCUUGGGCAACCAAGGUGACCAACCACAGGUCCAUAGCAAGGCCAAGCACGAAGCAAUGAACUAGAGGGAAGGGUGGGUAACCCGUUGAAACCCGGCAACGCAAUGAGGGAAGGAGCUGCCACAGCCGCAUUUGAGUGGCUAAACCCCACCCCCCAAGCCUCCCCUCAAUUGGUAGGCUGACCGGGGGUCGUGGCGCGGCAGCAGUGAUGGCAAGCAGGGGCCGGAACGCUCCCUGCAAAGCGCGGGAACGGCUCCUGAUCACAAUACCUCCCCUCCGGGAGGAGGAGAGGCUUUGUGAUUCGAGGACCCACCAUCCGCGUGAGGAUAAGAAAGACACAUGGAGACAGUAUAUUAGGUUAAUGGGCUAAAAAAGGCCACAACUUUAUUGAUUACAGCAUGUGAGAGGUAUUGGCUUAGGCAUUGGAUAAACAGCAGAGCUUGACUCCAUCCCCUUAGGGAGGGGUGAGUCUAACAAGGGUUAACCACCAGUAGGGGGGAGCCUGUUGAUGCAAAUACAACUGUAAGCUCACCCCUGAUGUCACCGGGGGUCGUGCCAUCGCCCUAGCCGUCAGUAGGGCAUUGGACAGGAUCCACGACCACCAGAUUCCUUUAACGGAAUACCCAUAAAGUGAAGGGGUAGGCAAUGGCCACACCUUGCCCUUCCAUACACCAACAACAUAUUCCAAUGCCUAACCGCCACCCGAGCCAAAGAGGCUCACUGCCAAUACCCUCACAGCUGCAAGCAAUCCCUAAGGCUUCUGAUGAUGUCCGCCAGCCAUAUGACAUACAGACUAGAGCCGCUAGCUCAGCAUUACGUCAAAAUCAGUACUUGUGAUUUAUUUUACUUGAUGGUGCAUACCUUCAGUAGAGAAUUUAUGUUAAUUUUCAGCUGGACUUUGCUGAUUCUCUACUAAAAGAGAAAAUCUCUGAGCGGGAAGGAAUAAUGAAACAACCUAGAAGAACAUGCACAUGUUCCAAUUAUCCCAAAGACAAAGAUGUUUUGGGCAAGGUGAGUUUUGUCUUAAUUCUUUAUAAGAUAAUCUAUUUUUUAAAAAACAAAAACAAAAAAACUAGGAUACCACACACUGUUCUCUCUUUUCAUUACAUAUGAAAUGGUGGUGUGAAGAUAAGAUAGUGGAUAAGAAAAAUUAAAAAUAAGAAAAAUAUUAGUUCUUAGGACGUUCUGUAGUACUUUCCCCACAUUUUCCCCUAUCGUUAUCUUUAUUAUGUAUACUAGCGGUAUGCAAUAUAACAUAAUAGUGUGAGCUACAUGUUUUUCUCUUUUUUACAAUGGACCCAGCAAUGAAUAAAUUUUAUCUUUAUCUAUAUCUAUAUCUAUAUCUAUAUCUAUAUCUAUAUCUAUAUCUAUAGUUUCUCUAUUUCAGAUAGGACUAGGUCUUUUACAUAGCCAAGUAAUCCAAUGGUUGAAUCUACUGGUAGUUUGUAUCCCAUUAUUUCUUCAGUUUUGUUUAGUAUACUUGUCAAAAAAGGUCAUUUUAGGGCAAGACCAAAAAAUACGACCCAUGUCAUAUUUUUGUAAUUUAUUUUUUUUACAAUAUUACCAGCACUAGAGAACUGUAAUUGGGGCCUGUCUGUUAUAGCAUAUGAGACUGGAAAAGGUGAAUAAAACUUCCAUAAGGGCACUUGUUAAUAUUACCCCAGGAAGCCAUUAACACUGCAAAGGAACCAUCUCGUUUCUUCCUUAACUUCUCCUGUCAUGUCACACUGAAGGAUAGUCCAUGCAUAACUGUGUCUUUGUGCACAGCUACUUCCAUGUCCAGCUUCUUGUCUCACCUUUCCUGGCUACAACAAAAAUUCUUCAAAUGGCGGUAUCUGUGAUUUCCUGUAGGCUUGAAGCCUAGCAAAAAUAGCAAUGUCUUGACUUUCUAACUAGACUGAGGGCACAGGGAAUCUAUAUUUUUCCUCCCAUCAGGGGAAAAAACUCAUCCUUUCAAAUUCAUUAUUUUAUUUUAUUUUGUCAGAUUUCACACUUAGCACAAAUUGAAGAUAAUGAAGCAGCAAAGGUUAUUUCUUGGCAUUUGGCAAGUGACAUGGACUGUGUAGUCACUUUGACUACUGCUGCAGCUCGUCGUAUCUUUGAUGAAACCAAAGGUCAGCAGCAGGUGUUGCCUCUUGAUUCUAUUUAUAGGAGGAGUCUUCCAGACUGGAACAGGUAAGGUUUCUGUAUUCUUUCCCAGUCUAAAUAAUGCUUGGUAUUCAAAUUUUCAGAGUUCUUAAUAUUUUCAGAUUUUUUAAGCAAUAGAUGUAUGGUUGGGAAAUCAAAUUCUGUGCCUGCUUUAUAGAUUGACGGCCCAUUCAUUUUGUGUCUGUUGCAUCCAUAAAACCCUGAUGAUGACUUGUUUGUUUUGUCCAUUUGUUUGUCCUGUUCAAUCUUUUUCUUCCCCUUCUUAUGGUUCUGGUUCAUACGAUUUCCAUUGUACAGUCGAACCUUGGUUUUUGAACAGCUUAGUUUUCAAAUGUUUUGGCUCCUGAUCGCCGCAAACCCAGAAGUGAGUGUUCCGGUUUGCAAACUAUUUUUGGAAGCUGAACGUCCGACAGGGCUUCCUGCAGCCAAUCAGAAACCGUGCUUUGGUUUCUGAACAUUUUGGAAGUCGAACAGACUUCUGGAACGGAUUCCGUUUGACUUCCAAGGUACGACAAGGUAAUCCUAAUCGCUUAUGGAAAUACCAAGAUCCACCAGCAUAAUGUCUAAACACGAAGUCUGAAAUCCUAACCCCACAUACCUGGAAGUAAGUCCCAUUGAAUUCAGUGGGAUUUGCUUCUGAGGAGAUGUGGUUAGGAUUGUGCUAUAAAUAUUGCUUAACUUUUAUUUGGUGAAGGGUUGUGUUCAGUGGUUGCCUGAGCAGAAGGCAACUCAUGCAACAAAUCUUUCUCCUCUUCCUAUGCAGCUCAUUGCUGAAGCAAGAUCCCUUUGCUCAAUUCUGGGCACUUCCCCUGUAUGACACAGCCCCCGCUGUUCAGCCCAUCUGCACCAAAGGUUUGAGGGUUGCUGGAGGAGGAAGGGAUGAGAAAGAUUGGUUGCAUGGACUGCCUUUCACUCAUGCUGCCAACAUCAAUGCCAAAAGAAAAUAACUUCUUUGACUUAUUUCUAACUAGGCCUUUACCUCACUUACAAAAUGGAAGAAAUACUUUCAAGGCUAUAGGAAAUCCUGUGUUUGCCAGGAACUUGCUAACAUUUCCGGAGCACACAGAGAAUUGCCAGACAGGUAAACAUCAUGGGAACAGCAAAACUUGGAAUUAUAGUGUGCUCUGAUGAGUUUAGCGGCAGCAAUUUUGAGAGGUAUGAAGUCUUGUCUCUCUCAUAUAUAUAUAUAUAUAUAUAUAUAUAUAUAUAUAUAUAUAUAUACACACAUAUACAUAUAUACACACACACACACACACACACACACACACACAUAUAUAUAAUAUUAUAUAUAUAUAUACACACACUGUCAUCUUUCCUCUCUGAAAAAGUGUUCAUUCAAACUCAUGAGAUCUAGACUAGAAUGAGUAUUAAUGAGUUAAUGAAGGUAUCAUUAACAGAAUGAUCAACCACAAACUGAAUGAUCCCUAAUGAUGAUUUUAUUUUAAGCAGGGUUUAAAGACACGUUCUAGCCUUUGCACCUUGCUUUUUAUUAUACAAUUGAUUAUUUAUUUCUUGUGGUAGCUGCUUAAUGUGCAAUUUGUACCUGUCUACUCAGAACUAAGUCUCACUGAGUUCAAGGGGGCUUACUCCCAGGUAAGUGUGGAUAAAAUUGUAGCCUAAGGCCAAUAUCCAAUGAAGUGCUGUUGCUUGCCCAAGGAUUUCAACUUGCGCAACAGAACUUCUGUCUCUUGGUGUCUUAUUUACCCUUCCCAAACCUGUCCCAGAAGAUUGGAAAAAACCCCAGAAUAGAUUUAGGGGCCGCAAUCCAAAUACCUUGUGUUAGUGGAAGCACUUGGUUGAGUACUCCUCUAAAACCCUAUUAACAUAAGGUUUUAAAAAAUUUCUAAUCAUGCCCCAGUAUUUUUAGUUGGGGGGGGGGGAGUUCACUACUUGGGAAGAAUUUGUGGAAGUCCAUUACUUUAAUCUUGAGAAAUACUGAAAUUGAAAAAAGAUUCUUUUUUUUCUUUUUUUUACAUAUGAAGGAACAGUGAAAAAUAACCUAGUGUGAGAUGCUUUUAAGGCAUUCAUAACAAAGUCGUUUAUUAAUCUUUCAGUUUUAAAGAAGAAAUUCAAAGAAAGGAGGGAUAUCCAUGAUGGCUGUAGUUUUGUCAAGCAGACAUAAAUCUGAACACUUUUCAGAUCAUUAGAAUGAUUUUUAGUGGUGUUAUUGCUCAAAGCUGGAAUCAAGUGAAUGUGGUGCUCUUGCAGGAGGGCAGAUUUUUUUAUUCAGUCUUGCUACUAAAUUCCAGCCAUAAAAUCCCAGCUGGAAUUAUGUUUAAAUGUUACCUCUGAUAGUCAUGUGACUAGGAAGUAGGAAUCUGUCAACUAACAUUUGGAGAGCAAGACAAUUAAAAAUUCACCCCCUCUUGCAAGGGUAAUUUUCCCAAAUAUCUGGCCACAUUAUUUAAAUGACACUAAAGUAUUAGACAAAAUUAAAUGGUCCUUUCUGUAUCAAACUGGAGAUUUUCAAUAUCAAUUCCAUUUUUGAGACAUGCAUCAAAGCUUUUUCAUCCACGUCAAUUGAUACUAUCAUUGUUAUAUUCAGUUUUGAAACCAUGUACAUGGUAUAUUAUGCUUGUUACUUUUGACUUGUAUUAUGUUAGUUGUUGGGAGUCAGAAGUGGGGAGAGUGCUAUUGCGCUCAUACUCUUUGCAGGCUUUACAUUGGCAUCUGGUUGGCCACUGUGAGAACAGGGUGCCGGACUAGAUGGGCCUUUGGUCUGAUCCAGAAGGGCACUUAUAGUAGCAGUAUUUCCCCAUCUAGUAUAGCAUUUCAGGGUUCCACUGAACUAUGUCAAAAUAUCAGCGCUGUGCUCUGUAUUUAUAUUCAGCCUUAUAAUGGGUAGAUGAUAAAGGAAACAGUGGUUUGUAUAGAGGUUGGAAUUCUAAACAUUAAAGUCUCAUUAUUUCAUUUACCUUUCUAGUGUUUGGGAUGCUUUUAGGAGAUGCCAUUAUUAUUGACAAUUUGGAUGCUGCCAAUCAUUACAGAAAAGAGGUGCGUAUUGCCACUUCAAAUGUUUCCGUUUUGUACAUACAUGAGAGAGGCAGAGGCAGAAUAGAAUUCAUCCAUGUUUCUAUGCAACAUAUAGAAGUCUCAAACACCUCAGGCCUUGCACCGUUUUCUGAAGUUCCUUAUGUUGUUUUAGGGUUCACUUCAGUGUGUCAGUGUUGUUAAAAUUAUGUGUUGAAUGUCACAGACUUUGCCACAUAUUUAUUAAUGAAUAUUAAACCUAUCUGUACAGCUUGUUAAAAACACAUAUUGCCCAGCAUUAUUGACAAGAGACGGAGAGAGAAUUCGUAGCAAUGGAAAGUUUGGAGGUCUUCAGAAUAAAGCCCCUCCCAUGGAUAAGCUUCGAGGAAUGGUUUUUGGAGCACCUUUGCCACAACGAUGCAAAGUUCUCUCUGAACAGAUAGGUGUGUUCAAAGCAUAAUAUAUUAAAUAAUUAUUUGUACAGCUUUUCUUAAAAUUUUACUGUUUUUAGAAAUUCAGUCUGACUCUUAACUAAAUAUACUUGGCAUUUCAUAUUGCUGCUGAAACAAUUGCAAUUACUAAAUGAGAAUCUAGUGACAUUAGAUUCUUUUAGCUUUCUUAAAUGUGUUUGAGUUUGCACCACAGCCCUUUGGUACAGGCAAAUCAUCACAGAUUAAUGAAAAACGUAUUCACAUAAUUGGUAAAUAAAACUUUGUAAGCAAUUAUUCUGAAAUGAAUCAUGAAAUAUUGUCUUCCAUUUUCGAUCGCUAUUGUAUUUUAAUAUUCUGUUGGAAGCCGCCCAGAGUGGCUGGGAAAACCCAGCCAGAUGGGCAGGGUAUAAAUAAUAAAUUAUUAUUAUUUGCAUCAAUAACCAUAGUUAGAGAUAAUGUGACGCUUACAGCUCAGUUUUCAAAUCUAGGACUUGGUGGCAUUGUGUUGAUGGCCUAGUGCAAGACUCCAGGUUAGGAUAUCGUGCAGAUUCUGUACCAGUGCAACAAGAUGUGAUACCCGUUGCCAAGUGCAAUGAUGUGGGAUUGAAAAAUUUCCACUACUAUAAUUCUGUGCAAAAUUCCCCUUUUUAAACUCCAUAGUAAGUGUUCCUAAGACUGUAUCUUAGAUUCACUUUGUUAAUCCCCCCACCUCAGUCAAUUAUUUUCCUACUUUUGGCUACUGGAAACACAUUAAUGUAUUUUAUACAGCACAUAAAAUGAUAUACUUUUCAGUUUUGUUCAGUUUAUUUAAGACAGAUAAACUUGUUAAAUCUGAAAUCCAUCAGUGUUUGAGACUGUGGGGGGCGGGAAUAAUGAAAACCCGUAUCACUGCUUCUAUGACAUUAUAGUUCUCUGGUAGCAUAUUGUCCUAAGUGCCUUUGUAGCUGGGUGGGCCUCUUGAUUGUAAUAAACUUUUAAACAAUAUAGAGUUUGUGUGAUGGAACAGAGCAAUUUAAUCUCCAAAACUGUGUUUUUAAUGCCAUAUCAUAAAUUACCGUGUUCUUAUACAGAUACCAUUUGUGUGUAGUUUAAAUGCAGAAUAAAUAAAAUGUGAAUGUUGAUGGGUACAUUUGUUACAAGUGUUCCUAAAUCAGUGGUGGGAAACCUGACCAGCAGGUCUAAUUUGGCUUGCCAGGCCUUGGAGACUGUCCCACCUAGUGGUUUGGGGCAAAUCACACACACCUUUCCUGCAUCUGAUUUCAUAUAGUAACAUCAGAUGCAGGAAACUUCAAGUUGUGGCUAAAAUUAAGAUGAAUCAGGAGUGCAUUGUUGAUUCUUCCUUUGCGAUUGAAUUCAAGCCAGGUGAUGAGAUCCUAAAGUCAUGCCUGCAAAGGAAAAAUAUCCCUUUGCCUUGCACAGCAACAGAAAAAGGUGCCAAAUUCAAAAAGUGCUGGCUUUUUAGUGCAGAAGAAUUGGCUGUGUGCUUAGAGUGCAUUUCCAAUUCUUCCUUUGAAUUGCUUGCUAGAGUUUAAGCCUGGAAUGCAAAGAAUCCUUUGCAGGGGCUUGCUGUAGGGAUCUACAGAGUGCACCCAUUUCUGACCAAAAAGAAGGACUUGCUAUUUUCUGCAAGCGUCUUCCUUUGCACCUGACUUCAUAAACUGUAUGACAUCUCACCCACCUGUUAAAAUGCCUGUGAGGGUGGUAGAGCUCAGAAUCUAGCCCACCAGCUAGAUCCUGCUCCCCCACCCAGUCUAAACACAUGCAGUUUUCUCUAGACUACAAUGAUAUAUAUUUAUGAAAUUCAUUAUGUUUGAAGAAUAUUUAAGUAACCUUUUUAUAAGAAAAAAAGUUACGCACACAAUUUCAUUGUUAUCCUGUCCAUACUUAUCUAGAAGUUAGCCACAGUGAGUGGGGCUUAAUUUGUGAGUAGAUAUGUGUGGUACUGCACUGUUAACAGCUUUACUGUCUGUUAUUUAUUGCUACUGUUCUUAAAACUUUUGGCCUUGUGCCUUACUAUCCUAUUAUUCUUGUACAUGUUAGAUCUCCUUCAGCAGUACCAGGAAGCAGUUGCAUGGCUUACUAAGAAGAAGGCAGACCUUGAUGCCCACGAGCGAUUAUAUAAUAGUCCAGAAAGGAAUAAAAUGAAAAAAGAGCUUGCAGACCAGGAAAAGAGACUCAAGGCAAUAGAGCAGGAAUUGGGUAUGUUACUCACACAUUCACUUUUACAUGAUGGAGUUGAAAAGUUAACCAUUCUAAUUAUAGCAGAAACUCAUUCUGGGAAUUUACAAUUUCAUAAAUGAAUUCUAAUUUAACUGCGUCAGAUUUAUAAAAAUUCUGAGUACAUUUUAAAGAUGUGAGCUUAAGCUUAAGAGAGCCAAUGUGGUGUAGUGGUUAAGAGCAGUAGACUCGUAAUCUGGUGAACCCGGUUCGCGUCUCCGCUCUUCCACAUGCAGCUGCUGGGUGACCUUGGGCUAGUCACACUUCUUCGAAGUCUCUCAGCCUCACUCACCUCACAGAGUGUUUGUUGUGGGGGAGGAAGGGAAAGGAGAAUGUUAGCCGCUUUGAGACUCCUUCGGGUACUGAUAAAGCGGGAUAUCAAAUCCAAACUCCUCUUCUUCUUCUGGUAUGUAUGUAUCCUGAUACAGCAUUCUAACAUAACAUAUUUAUAAUAUAUAAUGAGAUAUAAACUUGGAAACACAAGUAACAACAAUUGUAUAGUUCUGUUUUUCUUUGGUGACAUUAGGAAAAACAAGUGGGGCCUCCAACAAAAUGUUACAAUGCGGAGCACUCUGAUUCUGUGUUCCAGCAGUCCUUCCAAUGCCACUAUCUUCUAGGAUACCUCAUGCUCCUCCCACAGUUUUCUAGUUUUCCUCCAUGCAGAAAGCAGUGGUUUUUGACCACAGCCUCCUUUGUCUUUGUGGGGCUGCCCACUCUCUUUCCACCCCACCCCCCAGGAGAAGGAGAGGCAUAUGUGUGGCUAUAUGUACAUAGGAUGCAUGUGUAAGAGACAGGGAAAUUCAAAAUGUGUCCACUGGUUCAAAAAGGUGAGGGAAGGAGGUUGAUCUCAGAGGAAGUGCCCCCUCUGACCUAUCUUGUGAGCCCAGUUUCACAAACACAAGGUCCUUUCUGCAGGAAGGGAAAUUGUGGGUUUAUUUGCAAAUAAUUGCUUGUGGAUAAUACUCUCAGACCUUGAACUACAGCUACUUUUUGUAUUAGCUUUAAAAAUCUAAUUCAUGCUUGGUAUGCUUGUGCCUUUUAUUUCUGAAGUUAUAUGUAAUAGAUUUGAAAACAACAGUAAUGUUUGUGAUCUUCAUAGGCAUUACCUCUUCUGGUCAAUGCUCCAAAUCUUCAGUUCACAUGGAAGAACUUGAUACAUUUGACAAUCCUAGCCCUCCAAAAAGAAUGCGGAGAGAAACAGCAAAACGGUCACUCAGGUUUGUUUGUGAGAUUCUAAAGUAGUUGGUGUUGUUUUUUUUUUAAUGCCCAGUUUUGUGGUGUUUUUGCAUGAAUAUGCAUGUACAGGGAAUAUCCUACAACUAACUGAUUCCACCUGACAGUGCUAGUAAUACUGCAUAUAGUCUUUGCAUGAGGGUAAGGAAAAAGAGAAGAAGGGAAAAUGGAAAGGAUAACUACAACAAAAACCUUGCCUGAUAUUUGUAUUACAUUUAUGCAGUUUUUAAAAUGACCUGUGCUUAUUUUUUGUAGUCCAGAAGAAUGGGUAUCAUCUCCCAUGAAGAAACAGCAGCAAAGAGCAACAGAUACAUCAGAUGUUAAUGGAACAGCCCGAAAAAAGAAGCCAUAGACUAAACAGAUUUCUUAAAAAGUAACUGUAUAUUGAAAUAUGUACAAGCUGGGGAAAAAUAAAUUCAUGUUAACCACCAUUCUUGUAUACUUCUAGAGAAACGUUGUUAGUAACAACUGUUAAGCUUUAUUUUGUAUAGCUUUUUCUAUGGUUAUUAGACUUCAGUAUGUGGAAGUAAUAAAUAUGCUUUUUUAUUUAUGAUAACACAUUCAGAUUUUACAAUAAAAUUGCUACAAUACUACAGAUUUUUCUAUUACUAUAUAAGGUUGCAAUUUAGAUUGUUUGAAUGUGUUCCCUAAGGGUUUUUAAAAUAAAAUAAAGUGUUGUAUCCAUAUGUAAAGUCCCUAAGCACUGCCCCCAUUAAAUUUGUGGAGAAGAGCUGAACU